AUGUAUGCGCCGCAAGGUGAGAUUUCUUUAAACAUUUUAUGGUUGACUUCUGACACGGAAAAAAAACAUCAUAAGUGGCGAGACCGGUAAGCAAAGGCGACCACCACAACCCUUUCCAAAAAAAUGUAACAAUUAUAUCUGUCUACAUGGAAAAUUUUUUACUUGGCCAAUUAAUUUGUGAUAUGCAUAAUGUUAUGUUUUUGAAUUAAACAUCUUCUUGGAUAAGCUGGUAGCUUUCACUUUGGCAUUCAUUCCUGGUCAAAUAGUUUAGUAAUACAGUUCCUUUCCUAAUGUGUUUUAUACCCCAACUCCUAUAGACUGUAAGCUUCUUUGAGCAGGGUCCUCUUCAACCUAUCGUUCCUGUAAGAUUUCUUGUAAUUGUCCUAUUUAUAGUGCAAUCCCCCCUCUCAUAAUAUUGUAAAGCGCUACGGAAUCUGUUGGUGCUAUAUAAAUGGCAAUAAUAAGGGGUGCUGAUUUUUAGGGUGUGCUGUGCCAUGCUGCGCCAAUCAGAUGCCAAUCUCUGAGAGCAUCUAAUAGAAGUAGCAGAAUUUUACUAGGCGAUCACAGCGGAAGAAUCCCAAGUGGUUCUCUGAGUGACAGCCACUAGAGGCAUUUAAACCCUACAAUGAAAACAUUGCUGGACUGUAGGAUGCAAUGUUUUCAGUUUCAGGGUUAAAACGCAUGACCAUGGCACUCAAACCACUUUAUUGAGACGAAGUGGUCUGGGUGCUUAUAGUGUCCCUCUAAGAGCGUAUUGACUAUAUUCUCUUGAUAAAGUUAACUAAAGAAAUAUGUAAAACAGUGUUUCCCAAACCCACAGUCCAGGUUUUGUCAAUAUCUCUAUUGGCAUAAAACAGGGAAGUCCAUAAAUCUUGAAUUGUUGGUGGGCCAUGAGGACUGGUUUGGGAACCACUGAUGUAAACUAUAUAUGAUAUCCAACAUUUUGUUAUAAUAAUAUUGUAAAGCGCUAUGCAAUCUGUUGGCGCUAUAUAAAUGGCAAUAAUAUUAAUAAUAAUAAUAAUAAUAGAGUAUUAGUAAUUAUGGCCUUGAUUUAACCCCUUAAGACCGGAGGGCGUACUAUUACGUCCUCUAAUAGGCGGCUCUAAACGCCGCCGGGCGUAAUAGUACGCCCUCCGGUCUUUCUGUACUUACCCGGUCCCACGCCGGCGAUCGCGGUGGGGGGGACUCCCAGGGAGCCCCCCGCGGCACGACCGUCCUCCAGGAAGCCCCCCGGCCGUGUGAGAGUGGGGUCCUAGCGAGGACCCCACAAUCACAUGGCCGGGGAUAGCUGGCUUCUGUAUUGCCAGCAGGGGGGCUGCCUGUAAUGACAGGUGGGCCCCCUGCUGGCUGAAAAUAAAAAUGAAAUAAAUAAAUAGUGUAAAAAAAUAAAUAAUAUAUACUUAGAUCAUAUAUAUAUUAUAUAUAUAUGAUCAAAGUAUAUAUAUACACAUAUACAUACACACAUGUACACCGUCUAGGUGUAUUUUACUAUUAAUAUAUAUAUAAUUAUAUAUAUAUAUUAAUAUCAAAUUACACAUACACUGAUACUGAUUAAAUAUAUAUAUAAUUAUUGUUAUAUAUAUAUUUAUAUAUAUUAUAAAAAAAAUUCAAAUGUAAAUACGUUAAAAAAUAAAAUUACAAAAAUAAUUAAAAAUAAAUAAUUAAAAAAUAUAUAGAUGUGUGUUAUUUCGUUCUAACUGUAUUGUGAAAUUAAUAUAUAUAUAUAUAUCAAAAAACACAUAGAACGAAAUAAUAUAUAUAUUUAUACACAUAAAUAUAUACGUAUAUAUCACUAUAUAUAUACCUAUAUAUAAAUAAAAAUAUUUUAAAAAAAUUAUAUAGAUAUAUACAUAUAUAUACACAUACGUAUAUAUAUACAUAUAUUGAUUCCACCAAUAUAUUUAUGCAAUAUUUUUACAUAAUUAGGUAUCUUAAUUAAUUACAAUUAGCAGGACCUGCAUGACAACCCAUGCCGAAAGUAAAGGGAAUUUAAUUUGCUAGCACUAUAUUUAACCCUAUAACUUUCCGAGACACCAUAAAACCUGUACAUGGGGGGUACUGUUCUACUCAGGAGACUUCGCUGAACACAAAUAUUAGUGUUUCAAAACAGUAAAGUGUAUUACAACGAUGAUAUCGCCAGUAAAAGUGACGUUUUUUGCCUUUUUCAUGCACAAACAGCACUUACACGGACGAUAUUAUUGCUGUGAUACUUUUUACUGUUUUGAAACACAAAUAUUUGUGUUCAGCGAAGUCUCCCGAGUAUAACGGUACCCCUUAUGUACAGGUUUUAUGGUGUUUUCAAAAAUUACAGCGUCAAAUAUAAGUCUUGCGUUUCAUUUUUUCACAUUAAAAUUCGCCAGAUUGGUUACGUGCCUUUGAGACCCUAUGGUAGCCCAAGAAUGAAAAUUACCCCUAUGAUGGCAUACCAUUUGCAAUAGUAGACAACCCAAGGUAUUGCAAACAGGGUAUGUCCAGUCUUUUUUAGUAGCCACUUAGUCACAAACACUGGCCAAAAUUGGCGUUUUUUUGCAUUUUUCACACAAACAGAUACUAACGCUAACUUUGGCCAGUGUUUGUGACCAAAUGGCUACUAAAAAAGACUGGACAUACCCCAUUUGCAAUACCUUGGGUUGUCUACUAUUGCAAAUGGUAUGCCAUUAUGGGUGUAAAUUUCAUUCCCGGGCUACUAUACAGUCUCAAAGGCAACGUAACCAAUCUGGCGAAUUUCAAUUUCAAAUGUAGCGUGCUAUAUUUGACCCUGUAACUUCCCAAAACGCCAUAAAACCUGUACAUAGGGGGUACUGUUUUACACGUGAGACUUUGCUGAAUACAAAUAUGUGUAUUUUAUUGCAGUAAAAGCAAACAGUAUUAUGACACUGACCGUUUAAUUGUCAUGUAGAACUAAAAAAAUCCAAUAAAAUCGUAUUUUCUCCCAUUUUUUCAUAUUAAAUUAUGUUUCAUAGCUAAAUAUUUGAUAUUAAAUGAAAGCCCUGUUUCCCCUGAAUAAAAUGAUAUAUAAUAAGGGUGGGUACAUUUACUAUGAAAGAGGUGUAUUACGGUUGGACAGACAUGUAGCGCAAAUGCCAGGUUUUGUUUACAUUUUGUUUUGUUCACAACGUGUACAUUUGGCUCCGUCCUUAAGGGGUUAAAUCAUUUGAAUCUGUUAUCUGUCUAAAAUUACUUUUAAAAUUAUAUAUCGACAGAAGUCACCAUUAAAGCCUAUUCAAAUUUUUGUAAAUAGAUCAUUUAAAAAUGUUUUUUUUCUAACAGAAUGGAAUAAUUUUUGAUUAUGAUUCAAAUGAACUAAAUCGAGUCCUAUGUGCCUGCAAAAGGGCAGCUGUCCUUCAAAACAUACUUGUGCAAAAACUGUCAGGAAUUGAGAUACCUGCUAAUUCAGAAAUAUCAGAAGCAAAACAAAUGAAGGGUGAUAGAUCGGAGGGUUAACACGGAAUCCACAAGGAGAAAACUUUAACUCUCUUUGGACAUUAAGACAUUCAAAAGUAUGAAUAAAAUCCGUAACAAAUUGUCUUUUUGAUACCUUCUCCACGUCCUUCUGAAGAACCUUGAGAAAUAUUGCUAAAAACACUUUUGCCAAACAGAAAACCCUAACUAAAUUAAAAAAACACAAAUAUUGUUUAAACUCUUUUACAUUUUUCAUUUCUCGAUUGCAAAGAGAAUAGACCGUCAACUUUUGAAACCCCAAAAGCUUGUUCGUCUUGUUUAUUUAACAGAAGAAAUAUAAGAAACAAAAAUAAAUCAAGUGCAUUUAUUCCAAGUCGUUCAAACCAGAGCAGCCAAGGCAAGCAGUCGUCCUUUGCCACCCUGGCUGUGAACUUCAACAUAUGGCUAAGUGCUGGCUCUCUUUGCAAGUUUCAUUUCAGUGCCGUCUUCAGAACACCUGGUUCUUUGGUAAGACCUCUGCUGGUGGUCCAUGCUGUACAGAUAUGACUAGAAUCUCCCUUUACUUGCACCUGUGAACUACUCCAGUACGGCAGCUGUAACAAAGGUCUUUAUUUGGGCUUGCAGUAUGGAAUUCCACCUACGUUUUGACUGUUUAAUUGCAGAUUUGGACCAGGUCCACUCCAUUUUCCCCAGAACAUAAUUUUCCAUUCUAAAUUUUCACACCUGUUUUCAUGUCCUCAUACCUCCCAAUUGUUUAUAUUUUGGGCCAAAUCAAUCUGUAUCUCUCUUCUACCCUAAUAUCCCUAUUUUCUAGGAGCUCCAUAUUGUGGAGACACUAGGAAACAAUUCCCAGGAAGCAUAGCGCAAGCACAUCAGUAAACAAAGUCGCACUAUGCUCAAGGCACUAGGACUCUGCACUUGUACUGAAACAGUGCUCUCUGCCUGGUCCUCCAUUGGUGGGCUGGCCUGCUUGAUUGACAGGCAGCCUGGGUGCAUAUAUUCCAGACUUACCUGCUAGUUCUUCGAUCAUAUCCACUUUUGGGGUAGGAUGACCCCUUUGGGCAGGAAUCGCCCAUCGACGUCCUGCUUUAUGAUGUUGGGAUUUAUGCAUUUGAUUACUGUAGUUUAAGUUUUCACACUGUUAUUAUUAUUUUUUUUUUAAUUUCCUUUUAACAGUAAAUAAUGAAAACAUUAAUGAUAACGCGCAUGACGUGUUUUGCCAAUAUAUCACAUUCCUCAGAUGUAAGGAAGUUGUCUGUUGGCGAAAGGCGUCAUCACGUUUGGACGUUGUAACCCCACCCCCAGGAAGUGGCAUUGCGAAUGUAUGGAGCUUGAUGAGCUGGAGGCCUCAGAUUGGAGUUUACAAUACAAUUUUAUGCACUUUUCUGCCUAUCCAGGGUUUAUAUAUUUAGGACAGUAAUUUUUUUACAGUUCAUGCACAGAGUACUGUAUAUAACACAUAUAAGUUAUUUUAUAAAAAAGUUAAAGGAAGGCUCCAAGCACCAUAACCACUGCCGCUUACUGACAGUCUAACAACUUAUUUGGGUCGCGUUUGGAGUCUGCUACCAUCUCCCUUGCUGCCUGACGCUCCUGUAUGUCCCAAUUUGCAGUGCCACACUCAUUGGCUGAAAGCGUAAGCUGAAUGAUCUCAGCCAAUGAGGGCGACCCAACACAUCAUAGUUUAUCUCAGUGGCAGGAGCUUCCGACAGCAUGGGAGUGAGUGAAUUUGACUACUUUCUAUAGGAGCUCACAGAGGCACUCAUGACAUCAUGUCACAUCAGGCUGUAGUGGUUAUGGUGCUUUCAACGAUCGCUUUAAUUUCAUUAUCUUGGUUACAUAAAGUGAUAAUGCCCCAAACAUUUAUACUAAAUAAAUGUUUCUUUGCUGUGAUGGUGAGGAAAAUAAGUUAUCAUACAAACAUUCGAGACUUCUAUUAACCCACCAAAUAAAGAUAAUCUGAGGUAUCAUUUUGAUACUCAUUGUGCGUUUUACUUUGCCAUACUUAGCAAAUGACACUUUCAACAGGGUUAUCCACUAAUAUAUAAACUAUCGGCAAUUCAAAGUAAAUUUCAGGCCACGAUAACCAAAUUGAAAUAAUGAUUCAAUGCAGUUAAGAUUUUAGUCCCACUUUAAGUGAAAAUCACAUGGAACUAAAUAUAAGAUAUUCAUCAGGGCUAUAUUAUUGUCACUAUAUAUAUAUACAUAUAUACACACAAGGUCACAUAGAGUGUAUUAUACAAACUGUUUAUGUGGACUUUGGAAAAUAUGUUUUGUGUUUACAAUUACUCUUCAACUUGUUUUUUCCAGUAGCUUGGAAUGGGAUACAGACAGAGGUGUUCUUAAACUGUGCAGCUGUAAGAAAGCUAUCAUAGUGAAAGAAUUAAAUGCAGACAGAGGAGGGGGGUGGCUUGAAGGGAUUACUAAGGUCCAAAAAACUUAGUUUUCCAUAUGUAGGGUGAAAGUAACACCCCUGCAUUGGUGAUUGGUCCUUUAUAAUAGGGCUGAAAGACUCAUAAACAUCUCACAUCUCCUAAAACGUACAGAAGAACCUCCAGACUGCGGUAGGUGAGGACUGUCCCAUUGUGCAUGACCAAUUUCAGUUUGAAUGCUAAAGACUCACGGUAAAAAAAAAAGGAAAAAUUUAGGAUCCCUAAAUAUUCCUAUUUUGUGCUCAAAUGUGCAAAUUUGCCUUGUUUUAUUGGGUAUCAGUGGGUUUAAAACAAAAUAAUGCAUUGUCGAAAAUCCCUGUAGUAUGGAAUAUGUAAUAUAUACGGAAAUAUUUGCAUGCAUGUUUUUAUGUAUAUACAUUCAGGAUAGGUAAUAUUUGGAACUCCAGCUGCUGUGGACUACAAUUCUCAUUGUGCUUAGCCAGAUGUUGCGUAUUUCUGGAUUUUUUUUUACUGUGUUUAGUAGUAAGUAUAGCUCCAAAAUUUUCUUUAAGCACUUUUAUUGUAAGUGGGAAAAUGCUGAAACAGCUGAAGAAAUAAUUGUAAGCCACGAUGUGUAUUUAUUGCUGCUAUGCAAACUACAGGUUGUGUGUCGUUGUAUUAAAGAUAUGUUUUUACACUUACUUAGAAGUUCCUACUGAAGUUUAGGAUUGAACUAUUUACUAGUAAGGUCAUAAAAUUAAAUGGUUGAGGUAACAAAUGAGGGAAACGUAUAUUGGACUUGGUGACCUUACAGAUAAUGAUAAUAACUAUCUUCAUAUAUCAAGGAAGGAAACCUUUGGCAAAGCUUUUAUGUUCACUAAAUACUUUGUCAAAUGUAUGGACAUCUGAGAUCCCAAGGCUAACCAUCACCGGUGAAUUUGAUCACAGUUAUAGACUCACCUGUGUAUUAAUUGUGUUUGACUAAUACGUCAGCUUUCCCACAAAGCACUUGGCCUUCAUUAUGUAAAAGAAUAACCCAGAUUUUUACACUGUCAACACAAUCUGGGUCCUUGUCAGCUCUCUGUGAUAAAUUGUUAUAUAUUGCAACAGGUUUGAAUGCGUCAAAAGCAGGAGCGAUAUUCUGGCAGAUCAUAAUAACGGAACCCUUUUAAAUUUAGUACACAAUCAGCAAUCUUUUUUUUUUUUUUUUUUUGUUUACUGUAUUUUGCAUAUACUGCACAUAUUGUAUGGGUUACCCAAUUUCCUACCUGUAGCAUCAUGAGUGCAUUAUGUUACUGUUAGCCUUGUGAGCACAUUAUUAUGCAAUGUAUUGUGAUCCUUCCUGGGAUAAAUGCCAAGUGUUCCAAAUUUCUAGGAACAGUCCUGGGAUCCUGGGAUUUCCAACAAGGGUCUUUGUGUGUGUGUGUUUUUUUUUUAAAUAUAAAUUGCAAUGUUAAUAAUUUCAUAAUGUGAUCAGUAGUUAUUAGUGAAAUAAUAAUAAAACAAAUAAUCACAAAAUAAAAAAAAUAUAUGUACAAAUAAACACACACACACACACACAUAGUAGAAAAUAACCAAUAAUAAUAAAUAAAUAAAAUUUAUAUAUGUAAUUGUUUAGUUAUUUGUUACUUCACAUAUUGAUACUGGUUAUUUACUAAACAUUGUUUUGUAAUAAACUUAAAAGGUAAUUGGAAAAUUAAGUUAAAAUAGCCAUUAUUUGGUUUUCAUUUCACUACAGUUCAGAAUUUAGUGAACAAACCCUAUUUAUGUAUGGAUACAUUUUUGUUCACAGUUGAGACUGAUGAGUUGUCAACUGAAUUGUGAAAAUGUUUUAUCUUGCUUAUGUUGACAUUUAGCAAAUUGGCUGUCAUGCUAUCACCUCGAUUUUGGGUGAAAUUCCCUCUCCCCAAUUAGUGUUUUUACUAUCUCAGAAAGUCUAGCCUGCAUGUCACUGAACACAUCUUAUUGGCCUCUAAGCAUGGCUGCUUAUUCCAGCAUUGCUCUGUCUCCCUGAUAACGCUUCUUUUAUUCCUAACUUUGAAAUACGAAUGUUUCCCGAGAGUAUUCAUUGUGACUGUCAGUUUGAAUCAGAAUAGUCUUCAACAUUGUGUUAUCACCUUCUUCCUAGUCCCAUCAUAAUGAUGAUGAAUUAGAAUUUACACGUGGAGUUGAUUUUCUUUGUGUCAAAUAUAUCAUCCACUUAGAAAGGCGAAAUUAACCUUUGUGCCCUUCAAAGCACCAAAAGUGAAGAGAACAAUCCCUAUAGGGGAGCAAUUUGAUACUGAAGACAACAAAUAGGAUAUAGUAUCUCCUCGGGGUUAAUGAUAAUAGGAAAUGUUUGUAUGUAUCAAUCACUUAGCUACCUCUUCUUUGACAUGUGCCAAGAAGUACCUGAUAAAUAAUAUUAUGAUUUAUAAUAUAUAAAUAGAUAGAUAGAUAAAAUAAUACGAUAGUGAUUUUAGUAAAAAGAAAUGAUUUGUUAAAAAAUAAUGGAAUAUAUUUUUAGUUUCAUUCUGUUUCCCCUUUUUGUUAGGAGAAAGUAUUCUAAACUGUAAAGUUCAAAACAAGAACAGAACUUUAUGCCUGUUGUUCAAGGGUUGGUGGCUAACGGCUUCUUUAUGAUUGUGAUGAUGCCAUAAAUUGCAUUGCAUUAAUUUGAUACGUAUUACUGCGUCAUACAGUAUAAAAUUUAACCCAGAAAUGAUCACCUAACUUUCCCAUCACCCCAGGGCGGAUUUUAAGCCACAAAGAAAUAUAUGCUUUUUCUAUGGUUCUAUUAUCUGCAAAUGGCUUCCUCUUACAGCAACCUGUGUAAGUCAAACUUUGCGGCUGUGUGGGUGUUUGGCCAGUUUACCUAAAUCCAACUGCAUUUUUGAACUAUGCAAAAUAAGGGUGUAAUUUCUAAAAUUUUACACCCGCCAAUAUAAUUAGAAUAUCAUUCUAGAAAAACUAUAAUUGUGUAAACUAAAUAUUUUCGGGUGUGGAUUCUUGACCAUUGCAAUCUUAUUCCACAUGUAUGUGCUAGUUAAGCAUCCCAUGUUAUACAUACAAUGCUAAUAUUUUUAAACUAAAUUGCCUUGGUUAUGAAAGUAUGACAUAGAAUUGGGCUGCAUUGUCUAUUUCUGAUCCUUAAAAAGUGUUUAGAAAAAAAACUAUGUUAAAGGAGAGUCAUUACGAAUUGGGAUCAUUUCCCUUGAUGGAUUCUCUAAGCAUACUAUUAGUGAAUAGCUGCCAUAGACGAGGAUCUAACUAUGCAGAAGCUCCACCAAUUGCAGUCCUGAUUCUCACUCUCUCUGUCUGUAUCAAAAAUCUCAGGCUGGUCUAUUUACUAAACUGGGAAUUAUUGGGAACUGAGUAGGAUAUUGUAAAAGAAAGGCAAAAAAUAGUGAAUCAGAAAAUGUUAUGUUUUUCCAGUGGAGAGUUUUGGCUUAAAAUAUGCAAUUCUAUAAUUAAUUCUAGCCUAUUCUGCCUUCAGUGAAGUGUGGAGAGUUUUCAAGGGUAUUGCAAAUUUUCAUCAGUAGAAAAAAAAUAUUAAAAACCUAUAUUACUAGUUCAGCUAUAAUGCCAUACAUUUCUUCCCAAUCCCUGGUGUAGUGAAUAACUCCAUCAAUGUUUCUAAAAUAAAAUCACCAGUUUGCAUUAUUUCAGAGAUGAUGGUCUAUAGUGUACCCUGCAGCCAACCUCAAUUUUAAGAGUGGGUUAGAGAUGUAAAGACGUGUCAAUCAGGAAUCAGCUAUCAGUCUGAGCUGUCAGUUAGGCUGCCUGGAAUUAGAAUUCUACCGUGCCUACAUCAGUUUUUCAAGCGACAUCUUUAGUCUGCAUGCAUAACAUGGGUUGCAUUCGAUAAACCAUGAAUCAUGCAUGCGCAUUCCUGCCAAGAGCUCAACAUAGCCUGGCUCAGAUUCAGUGAAAUGAUUAUGUGUAAAUUGAUAGGUUACUCAACAUUUCUAAUCAGCAAGUUAGGCAUUCAGGUAUACUACUUAUUCCAUAAACCUCUUUUGUGCAUGGAUUUAUUGGGUAAGAUCAGAUCUCUUAAAUCGCAAUGAAACACUCAGGACUCGAGGUCACUAUAGAAUGAACUGGUUUAAAAUUUCUAAAGUAAGUAUUUUUAUUUUUUAUUUUUUUUAUUAAUGAAUUUAUUUCAUUUAUUUAUUUUUGCAUCUUUUAAAAAAAUCCUAAUUAUGGGACAUUUUUUACCGUAUCAUUCUCCUCUGACAUUUAUUUUAGCUACGCGUUCCUAUAUUGCUCUUGACUACAGGCAAUUGGUUUGUGGUUUAAAUAUGAAACUAAAUUUUACUUAAUUGCUUUAGCAUUAAACCUUUUAGUUUAGAUGGAUCACUGGGGAUUAUGUAUUAGGAUAUUAGUAAAGAGAAACUCAAGUCUAUUCCCUCAAAGUCCAUGAGGUUUAUUACGAUCCCAUUGGAUAUCAAUCACAUUUAUGUUAAGUUAGGUCCUUAGAGAGUCUCUUGCAAAGGAUGACUCUGGAAAACUUGAUUUUGGAAAAAAAAAAGGUUCUCACGUAUCUACCUCCAAGUGGCUCAUACGUGUAUUGUCUGGUUUAAAUUAAGUUAGACAUCUGUAAAAGUACAGAGCUCAUAGGCUCCCAUGGAGUUGCAGGUAAUUCAUAAUGCUGUCCUGCAGUAGAUCAUGCGAGUCUACAAGCGGCUAUUUUACCUUCGGUGAUGGGAAAACCAGAGGGCAAAAUAGGCAAUUCAUGUGGAAUACGUGCACCGAAACUUAAGUUGCACUGCAUGCUGGUAUUCCCGGGGCAUUGCGCUCCAUAUCUUUUAAGAUCAUUGAUCCUACUGGACAAUUUAUUAUUUACCUUUGUGGGUGUCAUAAGACGUACUCAAGACAUCAUAACAAAAUAUGCAACUUGUGUCUGUCUCUCUAUAGUUUGCAGCUUCUGUUUACCACAAUUUGCAAAACUAUUUUUGUAUCUGUUAACUCUUGCUGCUAAUGAAAACACAUCUUGUAAGGAGUCUCCGUAACCUCCGCCAGUCUCUAUCAUGACUUUCUAUGAGAGAGCCAUUGUGGUUAUUCACUAAACCUAAAUUGUGAAAAGACAAACACGAUAUUUAAAAGUUUAGCUAAAUAUCGCUUAGUUAUUUAACUAGUUGAGUGUGAGAAUUUUUAUAUACUGGCCAGUGGUGGAACUAAUGUAAAGAGAACCCUAGUGCAAUAAUUAUUUGGAGCCCCCUCUAGCACAAUGAUGAACAAAAGGUAUCGUUUGUGCAAUUCCCACAAUUCUUUGCCAGCUGGGUAUCUACCAUUUCCCCAACCGUGCAAGGUUGUAUUUGUGAGCAGUGUUCAGUAUUUGUGAUCAGUAGUGUAUUUGUAUGUACAGUUGCCAUUUGUAUGCAGUGGUGUGUUUGUAUGUAGUGUUAGCGUUGAUAAGUAGAUCUACAUUUGUGUGUAUUGUUGGUGUUUGAAAGUAAGGGUGUAUUUGUAUAUUGUGUUGGUGCCACACACACACACACACUGACAUGCAUGCACAUUGCAACACACAGAUACACAUAUAUACUGACAUAUAUAUACAUACACACGCACACAAACACAGAUGCAUACACAUACUGACACAGAUAUACAUACACACUUUCUUACACACAGAUACCCACAUAUACUGACCUAAAUACGCACACACAUUCUGACACAGAUACAUAUGUACGCUGACACACACACAAAUACACACACAUACUGGAACAGAUACACAUAUACACUGACACACACACAGAUACACACACAUACUAGAAAAAAUAUACAUACACAUUGACAUACUGGAACAGAUGCACAUAUACACUGACAUACACAGACACACACACAUAUUGGCACAAAUACAUAUACAUACAGACACAUACACAUACUGACACAGAUACAAAGGGGCCCUGUCAUGCUGUUAAAGGGCCGCAGCCCGCAGCAUCCACCAAUCCCUGAUCAGAGAUGCCCAUUAAGUGUUACUAAGUGUGAAGGACACCUGACGGUACUAAAUAGCAUGCAAGCCUGCUGUACCGACGGUAAUUCUGCCGGUGAUAUUGGCUGUUUUGCCUAAAUUUACAAUUGCCUUCUCAGGUCUCCUUAAUUACACUUUUAAUGAAUAGCCUUCCUUGUGUUGCAGACUCUUGCAAGUGCAGCUGUCACUAGCUCUAUCCAUGAAAAAGCAUAAUACAUUCUAUAACCUUGCCCACCGGCUUGGACUAGCCAUACGGCAAACUGGUAUAUCAGAAUACCGGUCAGCUGCCAUGGUCAUGGGCUGGCUGAUAAGGUGAGGGAAUCUCCAUAACUAGCUACAAGUUACUUUUGAAGCUGGUCUUUCUGGUGGAUGCAGUUUUUUUAAGUCAAAUUGUCAUUGGCUAAAUCAAUAGUUUUGCCAGUGACUUGCGAUUAUCACGGGUCACGGGCCAGUUGAGAUGAUCUCCUUGACUAGCCAAGAGUGGUGUAUUUUGGUAAAUUGUGAUCAGGAUCUUCCCUCAUGCAGCCCCUCCAUGCUGCGAGAAUGAAGCAAUAAUGAUCAACCUCCAAAAACGCAGAUGACAAAAUUUAAUCUUGGCCAAUAAAAGAUAUACUUGUAGAGCCAAUGGUAAGGUAAGUGAAACAUUUUGAGUUAAUGGGAAUCUCCAGGCAUUCAUAAAAAAACUCAAAAUGAUUAGUUGUUAUGGUGCCAUGAGGUCCAAGGUGCCAUCUUACCUUUAGGGGUUAAUCAGCUCACAAACGGUUUAAUCCCAAAGUUUUCUCUCUGUAGUAAGGGAUACAGUUUGCAGAAAUGGAAACAGUUUGACUACUUGCCCUGGGAGGGCACCACAGCACUCCUGGCACCAUAACCACUACAGAGUGCUGCAGUGGUUAUUGUGCCUGGAUUAAUUCUUUAAAGAAUCUAUCUGUGCCCCUCUCACAAUUAGGUUCUGGAUGUACCCCUGACCGCAAAAUAUUUCUGCUAAACAGGGGUCCAGUAUAUGCCGCAGCACUGUACAUUUAUACAACCUAGAAUUUUGUUUUGACAUGGGGCACCUUGGAAAAAGACUGAAAUAUUAAGGUUGCCCUAAACCUAAAAAGUUUGAUUUAACCCAAAAAUAUAAGCUGGGCUAGGAAGCUCCUGUCAUCAUAUCAAUUUAGUUUCAAUGAUAUUGCUAUGGUGCCUGGAGUGUUCCUUUAAAUUUAAUUUGUGAAAUAUCAUUCCUUGGUGACAGGUAAUAAACCAAGUUAAAUUUCAGAACAAAAUGGAACAAAUGUUUAGUAUACAUAAUCUCAGUAAAAAAAAAAAAAAAAUCUUUAUGGAAUAUAUGUUGGGAAUUAGGUAGCAAAAUCUAUUUUUUUUCCACAUUACUAGGAGGUUUUGCAGUAGAAUAUUUGAAUAAAAAGUCUGAUCAUUUUAUGGAACUGAAUCAUAGAAAUGUUUAAUAAAUAAAUAAUACAACUUGGUAUCCCUGGACUGGAUCAGUAACAGUAAAUGUAAAAGUGCAGUUUUAAUAUAAUAGUUAAAUAGGGAAUUUUUGACUAUUCAUAUUUUACUCUCUCUCCCUGCAAUUAAGGGAUAAGCAAGUGCGUAUUUGUGUUUGUUCCUUUUUGUAUGUAGUGUCUAUGUCUACACGUAGGUUUGUUAACUAAUUUGAUGUCCCAGUCAGAUACUAGUUUGCAAUAUAAAUUCUGAACAGAAUAGACACAUAAAUGACUCAAGUAAUAAGCAUGAAAGUCUAUUGUAUUUUAUGUAUUGUGUAUUUGCACAAAUAUCAGUGGACACAUUUUGUUACAUGCCUUUUUAUGUUGUUUUGUACUAAAAAAAAAUAAUUUCUUAAUAAGUAUUUCUUUGUAAUACAAGAUGAAAGUUAGCAUGUUGUACUGUUGAGUAGAAACUUGAAUUGAGUUUUCAGAUAAAGAACAUUGACUGUAACAAUUCCCUGGCGAGAACCCUAGAAUCAUCAUAUCGUUAGUGUGAAAACUGUAACAAAGAAACUGUAACUAAUGUUCAUAUAGUGAUUGGCUACCUCCCAUUAAUACCAUUUCAUUUGUUUUUCUUGUAUUGCAACAGGGGCUUCUGGAAUAUACACUGAAUUGGCAUUAUGUAUUUUUGGGGACUUUUUGUGAAGUUCCUCCUCUUUUCUACCUGUCACCUCAUAAUUUCCGCUGUUGUCAUCAGAAGCAGUGAAGCAAAUACAUGUAGCAGCGAAAAGGCUCUAACCAUCACCCAUGUGUACAGUGUCCCCGGGGAUGGGUCUACACCACUACCACCCAUUGAAUCAGAUGAUCAGAAUCUUGUUUUCCGACAUCAAAUCAGUCUUAAGAGCCCUGCAUCGGACUGCGAGAAGGAUUCACUAAUUAGUGACCUUAUGGCCAGGCUGGCAGCUCUAGAAACAGGAAUGAGUUCAAUGAAAGAAGAAGUCCAAGGAUGCUGUGGGUCUGAAGAGCAUGGAGGUAACAUUGUUUUUUUGCUUUCUUUACAUUAAUGGCAUUAUGUAGGGUGAGUCAAAAGUCAGGAAACACCCACAUACCUGUAAGAUGCUUAAACGGACACACCGACUCCAUAAUUACUACAUUACCUAUGUCCUGGUCAGGGCCGGAUUAACAUAGGGCCUGAUGGAGCUUUUGCUAAAAAAUUUUUAUUACUCUUCACAUGCUCUUGCUUAAGUAUGGAAACUUAAAAGGGAUGUAGGGGAACAAAAUAUGUGUGGACUGGGUGACAAUGGAAUUAGUUAAGGUAAAGCUGACUUUGCGCACUAUGCAAAUAUUCUUCCUGCUUCGGUCUCUCUAACACUGUGACAUGUUCCCUGUCUUAUACAUUCAAUACAUACACCCUUUCUCUCUCCCAAACUAUAUACCAGGUGACAUAAUAAGUAUGUUGUGUCUUUCUCUCCUAUAAAACCACAAGUAUUUUAAUAAAAAUUGCACUUGCAAUAAGAUACUUGGAUUGCUGUUUUAUUACCCGAAAGACUUGUCUUCUAUACUUGACAUCUCAUGAGUGCUACUUAAAAGAUACACUUACUUGGUGGUUUACGUAGUGUUGCUCUAUGUGUAAUAGUAAAUUGAGCCUAUCAUGAUCCAAUGUGCUUUUUGUGUGUUUCUUCUGUAGAAACAGACAUGUUUUAUCAAAAUGAAUAUAUAGCUUGUCCACGAAUGAUCUUAAAAUUCCCAUUAAAAUAAAAGUUAUGUGCUUUGUCAGAACACAUAUGGUACUAACUGAGACUGUGACAAACACAUUUCUGCUUAGAAAUGCCUGCAAUGUAAUUCUAACUCUUCAGUCACCUUUAGUCACAAUAAACAGCGGCCAAUAGAAUUUGUCCCCGCCCCUGCAGAGCAAGGCUCAUAGGGUGUUAGUUACAUAAUACCUAAAUAUCAUUACCAACAUUUUCUCUUCAUAAAUCCUAAUUUCAUUCUUUUAUUUUUGUUAUGACCUUUAUAAAAUAAAUAAAUAAAUAAAUAAAUAAAUAAAUAAAUAAAAUAUUAGACACAUUUAAAACCUGAAUCAUGAUCAGUCUUUUGUGUCUAACAUUUUGGAACUUUGUGAUUUGCAACCAAAUAUAAUACUUUAUUGUUAGCGUUUUUCCUAAAGAUUCUCCAGGAUUACAAAAAUGCCAAUAGAAUCCUGGUGUCCUUCAGUUCUUAUUAAGUGCGUUUUGUUCCUAGACAAACCACAGGUUUAAGUUGCCAAAUAGAUUCUCCUCUCAGCUGUUUCAGCAUAGAACCGCUUAGAAAAAGAGAUCUUUGACCACUAAUGAAUAACACUUCUUGCCGGUUUUUUUUCUUUAUUUGUGUUUUUGUAGUAUUGAUGAUGUUUCAAAUAAAAUAGUAGCAUGUUCUAACAAGAAAAAUAAAUCUGACAGUGUGAUAUGAGUUUUUUCUUUGAAGAUGGACAGUAAUUCCCAUGUUAGCCAGAUUUCAUCAAUUGAUUUGUUUUGCCUGAAUGGGUGACUAUAUCUUUCCAUUAACACUCUACUAGCAAAAAUAUGCAUUGAACGCAUAGUUUUUUCAAACUCUUUUGUUGUUGCAGGCAUGUUUUCUCUGUACAGGAAAUGAUGGUGCGAGUGUAUUUCAUAGUAUUUAAAAAGCCAUUCCAUGAACAUAACUACUUCGUCUUCUUGAAAUGGUUAUAGUGCAAGGACCUAAAUCUCGAUAAAAUCACCCAUCUCUAUGAGAACCAUUUGCCUGAAUAAUGCCUAGCACAAGGAUAGGUAGUCUUUGGUACUCUAGAUGUUAUAGACUACAUCUCCCAUAAUGCUCUUAAAGCUAUAAUGCUGACAAAGCAUCAGGGGAGAUGUGGUCCACGACAUCUGGAGGGCCAAAGGUUGUGUAAAUCUGGCAUCGCACUAACAAUUUAAUAAUAAAGUUACAUCUUUAUUAGUGGGAUUUUAAGGCUUAUAGGCUUAGGAAAAAAUUUGCAAAUUGUUAGAAAAAAUUCAAACAAAGUUUCCCUUUAAGGAAUUGCUAAAGUUAAGCCAAAUAACAACUGAAGAGACAUUCUUACCUUCAUGGGUUAAACUUGUUUUGUAUAAUAUGUGUGUUUAGCCAUGUUGGACAUGUUGGUAGCUAUGUGUGGCUGUGUGGGUAGCUGUGAGUGAUGUAUGCGGCUGUGUGGGUAGCUGUGAGUGAUGUGUGGGUAGCUAUGAGUGCUGUGUGUUUUGUAUAAUAUGUGUGUUUAGCCAUGUUGGACAUGUUGGUAGCUAUGUGUGGCUGUGUGUGUAGCUGUGAGUGAUGUAUGUGGCUACGUGGGUAGCUGUGAGUGAUGUGCGGGUAGCUAUGAGUGCUGUGUGGGUAUAUGUGAGAGAUGUGUGGGUAGCUGUGAGUGAUGUGUGUGGCUGUGUGGGUAACUAUUAGUGCUGUGUGGGUAUAUGUGAGAGAUGUGUGGGUAGCUGUGAGUGAUGUGUGUGGCUGUGUGGGUAACUAUUAGUGCUGUGCGGGUAUAUGUGAGAGAUGUGUGGGUAGCUGUGAGUGAUGUGGGUGGCUGUGUGGAUAACUAGGAGUGUUGUGUGGGUAUAUGUGAGAGAUGUGUGGGUAGCUGUGAGUGAUGUGUGUGGCUGUGUGGGUAACUAGGAGUGCUGUGUGGGUAUAUAUGAUAUAUGUGUGGGUAGCUGUGAGUGAUGUGUGUGGCUGUGUGGGUAACUAUUAGUGAUGUGUGUGUAGAUGUGAGAGAUGUGUGGGUAGCUGUGAGUGAUGUGUGUGGCUGUGUGGGUAACUAGGAGUGCUGUGUGGGUAUAUGUGAGAUAUGUGUGGGUAGCUGUGAGUGCUAUGUGUGUAGAUGUGAGAGAUGUGUGGGUAGCUGUGAGUGAUGUGUGUGGCUGUGUGGGUAGCUAUGAGUGCUGUGAGGGUAUAUGUGAGAGAUGUGUGGGUAGUGAUGUGUGUGGCUGUGUGUGGGUAAUUAUAAGGGAUGUGUGUGGCUAUUUGUGGGUAGAACUGAGGGAUGUCUUUUGAGAAUGAUAGGACGUUGCAGAGAAGAAGGAAUAUUUAAUUCUGAUAGGAGAAUGAGAAGAGAGGAAUGCGCUGGAAUGAUUGGAGGAUGUGGAAAGACUGGGGUAUGGAUAGGAUUGAUAGGAGCAUAAUAGGAGUGAGGGAAGAUGGGGAGAGAGGAGUGGAUGGGGUGGGUGUGAGUGAUUAGGUAAUCAGACAGAGGGAUGGAUGCAGGGAUGGUGCAAGGAUUUCUGGCUACAUAGGCAAUGAUGCAUUUUCCCACUCUCUUAUAUAUGCGUCUUCACCUGUGUGUCUCUUAACCUCCCUUUUGAAUAUCUUACCCCUCUUGUGUUUUUAUCCCUCUUUUGUGACUUAGUACCCAUUUAGCAUAUGUUAUCCCCCCUUUUGCCCUUGUGUAUGUCUAACACCCACUUUAGUGUAUUUUAUUCAUCCUUUUGUGUGUCUCUUAUAAACCCUCUUGUGUGUCUUUUACUCCCCCAUCCUCUCUGUGUCUCUCUUUCUCUCCCCAGCCCCUUGGUGUCCCUUCCCACCCCCCCCCAGUCCCUUUGUGGUCUUUUACCACCCUCUCCCCAGCUUACUUCCCUUUUGUAGCGUGGCCUUGCGGAUUGUGUGAGAGUUCUGUAAUACUGGUCAGAGAAUUAAUAACAUCCUCUACCGCCUUCCAUGAGGCUAUGCUACAUGGAGUGACUGGCAGUAUGGGGGAGCAUUUUGUGUGAUAUGAGGGAUAGGAGGAUGGUUGAACUGAAUUCCAGAUGUAAGGCCAGAGUAGCUGAACACAUAGCUGAAUUAGAGAAUUUUUCCAUGUCAAUUAUUUUGAACCUAAAUUUUAAAUUCACUUGGAAUUCAAAUUGGAUUCUCAAUAAUAACAGUGAUAAUAGUAAAUUAUUGUUAUUUUCUUCUUUGCAUUUAUCAAAAUAUUUUUGCAGAGUUAAACUAAUUGAGAGCAAUAGCUGAUAUGCUAAAUACAGAGAAAAAGAUUUAUAAUUUUAGUUGUGUCUUGCAUGUGCCUCUAUAAGCUAUAUCAAGACCGAAGACGAUAAGAGAUAAAUAAAUGAUAUAACAAUAGAAAGAUAGACAGACUGACAGACAGACAGAUAGACAGAGAUUUUAAUUUAUAGUUUGUAUGAAUUUAAAUUGUUUAGUUGAUUAAGGAAACUUGCUGUUGCAAUCUAUAUUCGGUCAUGUGCAGUUUGUCAGCUAUAUAUGAAUAUUCAGCUUGUUUAGAAAUAUACAAUGUCACUGAGUCUCUGCAAGAGGAUUGUCAGUGUGUAUAUAGCAAAAAAACACUCACCUUUCUAGGUAAUGGGUUCCCAAGCAUAUCGAAAGGAGAAUUAGACAAAGCCUUUACACUGUUAUAACCAAAUAAACCACUUGGUGGUGUCUUGCUACACACUGUGUGAUAAAGCCGUGAUGCUAAACUAGUCCUUAACUGCCUUUAGUUGAAAAAAGACACAGGUGAUUUAUGACAAGGAUAGGGAGGAUGUAUCCGUUAAAAAUUUUGGGUUAAAAAGUUGGAGGAUACCACAGGAACAGGUGAGGGUUUAAUGAACAGCGUUAAGUAGGAUCUGGUGAUGUGACAGCACUUCUGUCCACCAUGUUGCUUUUCGUUGGAAUGCCAUGCAGCAUGUUCAGAUUCUGAUGCUACUAAAACCUGUUAGUAAUGUUAUUAAACAAUAACUAUUUGUUUUUUAAUAUGGAAAUGUCCCAUGAUCCCCCGUGUGAAUGUGCAAGUACACAUAGUGUAUCAGUGGAAGAUAAUCCAAGAUGGAUCCUUACUGGUUUGUGCAAAUGGAAUAAAUGUUUUGUUUAACUUUACUACGCUACACUUUUCACCAGUGACCUCUUUAUCUGUGCUUACUGCUGAGAGUUAAAACAGAACUCUUACCCCCAACAAAAUAGUUACCUAGAAUAAGACAGUCACUUAUUUGGCUUCGGAAGUAUCAGGUCCACCCGAAGACCACUUUAACAAAGCAGGAAUUGGGACUUCCAACCCUCGUCUCACAAUAGUGAAGUUGUACAGUUAUUCAGAAUUUUACUUCAAUACAUUAUUUUUCCAGUGCCAUAAGAGUAAUGGACAUGUGACUUGCACAUUUCCUUGAUUAUAGAUCACAUGUGUUAAAUGGUAAAACCAAAUUUAGCAUUUGUUUGAUUAAUAUAUUAAUAAAGUUACUUUAAGACAUGUGGAGCAGUAAAAAGAGCAGUAACUCCAAUGUGAAUGUUUAGAAAUGACAGUAAAUAUAUACAACUAGCUGAGCCUCGUAAAUAAUUUGUUAGUCAAAAAAGUAGACAUUAAACUCACCCUUCUGACACAGAGAGCAUCAAACUGAUGUCUCAUGGAAUUCCUCUGCACUUUAUUGCUAUUGAGAGACGAGGAAUUAUUAAGCAACAUACAGAGAUGUGAUUUACCCAGACUACACAGGUUUAGAGUAAGUCACUAAACUGGGAAUGGUGUAGAAUUGACACGGGUAUUUGUGAAUUUGAGGCCAAAAAAGCCAAACUGGAAUGAGCUGCUUUGCACAUUUUUCUAUUUUUUUCUAUUCUGACCUAAAAUUUUGCAUUUCCUUUGUCAAUUUUUACAGCUCCGAGUUUAGUAAAUAACUUCAAGCAAAACUUGAUGCUCACUGAUACAUGUAGCAAUGGAAAUUGUUUUAAUGCUUUGUGUGUCAAAACGUAUUUAUUUUGUAAUCCUCAUUUGAUAAUUUAAGAUCCAACACCCACUGUCAUUUUGUAAUAAUAACCAGCCUAGCAUUCUAUUAAUGUGACUCUGAGUUAUAUAUUUUUUCCUCUUUUUUUUUUAAAUUAGAUAUUUUCUUCUCUCUUUCUAAUUUUAGGGCCUCCUAAAUUGAAGUCAGGUUUUCACAAAAACUGUAAUGGGCGUGGGAAGUUUGUGCCCAGAUUAGGAGGCUGCCAGUGCGAUGAUGGAUGGGAAGGACCAGACUGCUCUACGAAAAGCUGCCCCGACAACUGUGGUGGGAAUGGCAAAUGCGUUGAUGGUGUUUGCCAGUGUUCAGAGGGUUACACGGGCACUGAUUGCAGUGAAAAGCUAUGCAUCCCUGACUGUAAAUUUGGAACAUGCGUCAAUGGUAUCUGCGUAUGUGAAAAGGGAUACACCGGCGUAAGCUGCACAGAGAAAUUAUGCAUCCCUGACUGUGAGUUUGGAACAUGUGUUGAUGGUAUCUGCGUAUGUGAAAAGGGAUACACCGGCGUAAGCUGCACAGAGAAAUUAUGCAUCCCUGACUGUGAGUUUGGAACAUGCGUAGAUGGUAUCUGCGUAUGUGAAAAGGGAUACACCGGCGUAAGCUGCAGUGAGAAAUUAUGCAUCCCUGACUGUGAGUUUGGAACAUGCGUAGAUGGUAUCUGCGUAUGUGAAAAGGGAUACACCGGCGUAAGCUGCAGUGAAAAAUUAUGCAUCCCUGACUGUGGUAGGUUUGGAAAAUGUGUUGAUGGUAUCUGCGUAUGUGCAAAGGGAUACACCGGCGUAAACUGCAGAGAGAAAUUAUGCAUCCCUGACUGUGGUAGGUUUGGAAAAUGCAUUGAUGGCACAUGCAAGUGCUCAGAAGGCUAUACUGGUCCAGUAUGCAGAAAGAAAAAAUGCCCUGUUGACUGUGGAGAGCAUGGGAGAUGCGUAGAUGGAGUCUGCCAGUGUUCCGAGGGAUAUACCGGCACUGCCUGCAAGGAGAAGAAAUGUGCCGUUGACUGCCGUCCCAAUGGGCGCUGUGUCGGUGGAACCUGUGUUUGUAAUGAGGGCUUCAUUGGAGACAGCUGUUCCAUAGGUGAGAAACAAGACAAAUGAUAUACCUAUAUAGAUAAAGUAUAGUGUCAUUUCACCACUGUAUGAAGCUUGCCUACAUAUACCAACAUUCUGAAAAAUUAUGAAAUUAUUUUCUUUCUUUUAUACUUCUUAAUGGCCAGUUUUGUAGCUAUGUCAUGUAUGAGGCUGUGUUCAGAUUUGGGUGUUACAAAAACCAGGACAUAAGGGGUUAUUGAUUUAAACCUAAGUUUUACCGAGUAGGAAUUUAUAAACUUAUUUUAAGUAUAAAUAUUUUAUAUCGGUGACAGGUUUAUGAACAUUUUUUUAUUAUAGAGGGCUAUUGAUUAAGAUCUAUCUUUAUUUAACAUUGUUUAUUUGAAAAAUAUAUAGCAUUAACAACUUUCUUCUUUUUUGUGCUCAUAUUUCAGACAUUGCUGGUCUCUGUAGCGGAAAUGGUAGAUAUAUAAUAGCCACCGGAACCUGUGAGUGUGAUGAUGGCUGGGAAGGGCCUGACUGUUCCGAGAGGAGUUGUCCAAAUGGCUGUGCCAACAAUGGGGUAUGUGUUGAUGGAGUUUGUCAAUGUGCCAGCGGCUUUACUGGCCCAGACUGCAGUGAGGAAGUAUGCCCACUUGACUGUGGAGAGAACGGAAAAUGCGUUGGGGGCUUUUGCCAGUGUGCAGUAGGAUACACUGGUCCAUCUUGUAGAGAAGUUGACUGUGUCGUCAGCUGUGGAGAAAAUGGGCGCUGUGAUGGUGGUCAGUGCUUCUGCGAAGAAGGAUUUUAUGGCGAAGCUUGUUCUGAAUGUGAGUAGCAUGAUAACAUCAAGAUACAUAAUGUGUAAUCAUGCUUUCGUAUUUACUUUUAUAUUAGUGUAAUUUCUCUUUGUGUAGCAUUGUUGUCACCUAAGCAGGCAACAAGUCACCUAUGGGUAACCUAAGCAGAUAGACAAGGUCCCAAAGAGCUGGGGCCCGAGGGACAUCUUCAUUGUUAGUCAGGCUCAGGACGAACUUCUGAAAUGGACCUCUCCACCAGUUCCACAAAGUACAUAAAUAUUAUUUUUAAAUACAGUACGACAUAUAGAAAUGUUUUUUAAAAAAAAAAUCAAAUGUCUGUCUGCAAACAUUAUUUAAAAAAAUGACAAAGAUACUCAAUGGGCAUCCAUUCAAAAAUAUGUUAUAUGCAUGCUGGAAAAUAUAUUAUAAUGCAUGAAAGGAAAUGCAACUGCAAAAUUAACAAUAAUAACUUCAGACACUAUGGCAGAAACAAUGAAACAAUGUAUUGAAAAUGCCAAGUUCCACCUCCUGUUCUCUGCAAAAUAGAUAUAUGGAUGGGAUUUAGUUUCCUAUGCCUUACCAUCAUCCUUCUCUACAACCUUUAGUGGUCAACAGUGACUUCUAUGGGAAACUGUAGAUUCACUUCAAAAAUAUUAACUUAAAAUGUUGACUUUAAAAAAAAGUCAGGUUUCACCUGAGCACCCCUAGACCUAAACGUACCUUACCUUAACCCUGAGUCCUUAUGACAUUGUGUAGAAUACAUCACCAACACUCCUAUAUAUGCAGCAAAGACUUGAGCAUUCAGGUUCAACAAAAUCGCAACUCGUCUAAUUCUCAAUCAGAUGUUAACUUGUUUUAGAAGUUUAUAUCUUCUGCUCUAUAUUGAACUUUAAUCACACACGAGGCUCUUGCAUGGUCUAGAAGUCUAUUAGAGCAGAGAUAAUACAUUCUUAAUUAAACAGAAUAUGCAGGAAUUCAAACUUUAGCUCACCCUUUGCAGGAAGUGUUUGGCAGGCUGUGUGAGUCACAUGCAAGGAGGUGUGACUAGUGCUGUAUAAACAAAAUGAUUUAACUCAUAAAUGUCAGAAAACUGAGCAGUGAAAUUGUAGGGCCAUGAUCUAUACACCAACACUGCUUCAUAAAGCUAAAGUUGUUUUGGUGCCUAUAUUGUUCCUUUAAUGUAUUGCAUAUUGUAUAAGGUAUUGCAUAUACAUGAUUCCUUCAAACUGAUUACACAUAUGAGAUACACUGUAAUUCUAUGCAUUGUUUAAUACCAUUCACAUUGGUAUAGUUUAUCGGUAUUUGAAGUGUGCAUUACUUUCUACAAACAGUGAUUUGUUCUGCUUUCUAGUGAUGGCUGCAGAGAGCUUACGCCUUGUCAGCACAACAGAGGAUUCACUGAACAUUGCAUGGGACCUGUUGCUGGACAUCGAUUACUAUAUUCUUACUUACUUUCCAUUUGGUGAAGAACAACUGAAAAAGCAACAACAAGUGUCUGAAAACCAAGAUAGUUACAGGAUCAUGGGUCUAAACCCUGGCACCUUGUACCAAAUUAUAUUAUACCAAAUCAAGAAUCGGGUGACGAGUGACCCAGCUGAACUCCAAGGCAGAACUGGUAAGGAAGAGGUAGCAAGAGUUGAACCAGCACAUGUUUUUUUUUUCCAGUUUUUUUACUUAUGCCACUUGUAUCUUGCACCAGAUCUUAAUAUCAGGGUGCCACCACCUUGUCCAUAAUACCGGCAGUUUGCUCUUCCGUGGAAUUCAUUUGACUGGCGGCUUGUGGGUAUAGUAGCUUAGCAACUGAAAUGGAACUUUGCUUUAGCUCUACCCAUUGUCAAAGAUUAUACACGCCAUGAGAACAUAUAACUAAAAAACUGUAAAUUAAAAAAAUAAAGAAAGAAAAAGGGACAUGAAAGUGUAGAGAUGUAUAUUUAUAAAAAAAGUGAACCAUCGUCAAUCUUGUGGCAAACAUAUAUUACCCAACACGUUGUAUUGGCCCCCUGCAAAUUAAUUCGACCAACAAGUUUUUUAAAAUAUAUCUAUUUUUUUUUUUACUAUUUUUGCCCAGUAAUAUAGGCAGAAAAAAGACUCAAGCACAUUAAGUUCACACUUUUCCACAUCGUUGUUUCACAUGUUGACCUAAAAAAAGUUUUUAAAAAAAUCCUUUCUAAAUUCAAAAUGUCUGUCGGAUUUUUCCUUGAAUACUUUCUCAAUUUGUCACCCAACAUAUGAGCUAAUAUAUUAUGAAUAUUGUUUUUAUUCCAAAAUGUCAAUCAGAUGAAAUUUUUAAAUCUAUGCAGAAUCUGAUCAAGCCAACUUUUAGGGAAAUAAUUAUAUAUAUUGUUCUUACUGAACAACUGCCAUAGGCAAAAACUCUUUUCUUUAAGUCUAAAUGGGUGACUCCUUGUCCUUUGUACAGUCCUGUUAAUAAAUAGGUUACGAGAAAGCUGUUUUUACUGACCAUGUUUAUAUUUGUGUAACUUUAUCAUAUUUCCUCUGAGAUGCCUAAAUGUAUACUUAUAUUUUCUGACCUGCAUACUUUGUGGAUCCUAGUUGUUAUACCUAGCCAUCAACAUAAGUUACCACACUGCAGUCAAAAAAUUUAUUUUUGAGCUUUAAUAAGGACCUGUGUAAUAUGCUUUUUGUUGUCUAACAUGAAUGAAGGGAGACUUUUUUAUGUGCAAAAAGUUAAAUACUAAAAUAAUUGUUGAAAAAAACAAAAUAAAAUAAAACAUAAGAUGAAGAAUGGGAAAUACAAUGUGGCAGGUUUAAUACUACUACUACUACUAAUAAUAAUAAUAAUAAUAUUAAUAGAGAUAAAGAUGACUAUGUUAAUUUAUAAACUGCACAAAAUUCACAGUACUAACGCGUAUUCUUGAAAAUUUAAAUCUUGUAAUUUGUCACAAGGAGAAAUUGUGCCUAAAUUCUAAUUUUCCUAAAUUCUCCAAAUGACACAGGGCCACUUCAGAACUGCCUUCAAUUAGCCAUGAAAUUCUGUCCUCUAAGAAGUGAAAAAAAGUCCAAAUAUCCUCAAGAAUUGCUCAGUAAUAACAUCAUGAAUAAUUCCUGAACUAGUCCUGAAUUACAUAAAAAUGCCCCAAAAAUGCAAAACUGCUUAACCAUCCAUCACAAAAAUAGUUUAAAGAAAACCCCAAAAAACUGAAUAAAUAAAAUGAAAUUACGUUUGUCCAGACUCCUUACUAAUGAGAUGCUUGUGGAAUGGCAACCCCCCCAAUUCCUUUACCCAAUGGACUACAGUUUGACAGUUGAUAGAAUGUGUCCUGUCCUUCCACCAGGCAGUUGUGUGAUGGAAUGGAAAGGCCCAUUGCCUUGCAUCUUCUUAUAAAACAUUAUCUGAUGCAGAGAAGGAUUAAAAUCCCACCGGGCUCUAGGCAGCUUACUCAUUUGGACUUCCCAUUCACUCUUCAAAUAGGGAUGGUUAAUGGAGCCAAGCAAAUUCAUGUUUCUGAGGCCCAAGUAAAACCCACUGGGCCCUACUCAGCCAUCUAGAGUAGCCUUAUGGUUAACCCUGCUCUGAUCUGGGGGCUCACACCUUCUUUCUAAUUAUGCAUUCGUAUGUUCUAUUGUGUGUAUUCUAUUGUCUAAAAGGAAAAAAAAGAUACCCAUAAAAAAAUAAUGUAUUAAUAUAAUAUAAUGAUAUUUCAUUCACUGAAAGAUUACAGCUGUUUGCAUGAGGGCGCUGAUGCAGUCUGUGAUGCAUAAGUCCUAUUUAUGUAUUUGGUUUGCAGAUGACGCAUCCUUGGGAACUCUGUGGGUGACGGAAGAAUACGAAGAUGCCCUGGAGAUUGAGUGGGAAAAUCCAAGUAAUAAAGUGGAUUAUUUUAAACUCAUGUAUAAAGCUAGGUCAGGCGGAGCAGAGACAGCAGUAAUGGUACCACAGUCCGAUGAUGCCAAGACGAGAUACACCAUCUCAGGUAUGGUUAUGGAAGGGAUACGUUACCGAUGUGAUGUAGCUUGCAUGCCUGUGAGAGUAUCAAUGUUCUAACCAGAUAAUAUCAACUAGUUUACGUGUGUAUGUGAUCCAUGUAUCAUCCGUGUGGCAAAUAACAUUCUCUCAGGGUUGACUAAUUUUUGGCUCUCCAACUAUUGUUUGUUUGGCAGUUUCCCACAUCCCUCCCAACUGUGCUGUAAGUGGCAGAUAGUACUGAUUUGGGACCCCUGUCCUCACCUUCUGAGCUGUCUCUAAAAACUGAAUUUUAGUGAAUUGGAAGGAAAAAAAAGGUCUAAAACAAAGUCUAACUUAGCUAAGUGGUGACUAUAGCUGAUUCAGAGAAUGAGUGAUGUGUAGCCUAAAUUUUGCAAUUUGGAUUUUCAGCUCAGUACAUUGUGGUGUUUAAUGAAUAAACCACUUGGUUGACUGACUUGUUAGGCUGACACUCCCCCGAGUAUCCUGAGUGACGAGCGUGGUAUCAAAGGCAAAGUUUGCUCCAACCCUACCCCCUCUUUCACCCAUUUUACACUUGUUCCCAUGAACCUCAAAUAGCCACUGGAAAUCUUUCUGUGACAUGUGGACCACAGUCAGGCCAGAGUUUAACCAACAUUGUCCAAAGGGUUGGACUGGUACAGUUUGUCUUCAUUGUCUCUUUCUAACAUUUCAGAGCAAGAUUAGUCAAACAGAGACCUCAGGCCCUUAUUUUCAUUCUGGGCAAUUAGAUUAAUUAGGUGAUGAAAUCACAAUGAAUAAAUUGCAUGCUAAACAGCAAAUUACUAAAACUGCACAUCUGGGAGCACUUUGACUACUGUAAUGUACGUAGAAUUCAAUUUUACGAUGCAAAUGCUUUUCCGGAGAUCGUUCUUGAAUUCUGUUUGAUCUUUACCAAUACCAGUGAAUAUAUAUUGAAAAUCAUAUUUUAUUGACUACUAAAUACUAGAUGUAAAGUCUUUCUUCUCGCAUGACUUCUGACAUGAGCAAUAUUUCAUGGCUUCUGUUAAUCUGAGGUUGCCAAAUGCUUACAUGUAGUGUAACUCACAUAAACUAAAGCCACAUGUUAGCAAGUUGCUUUCUGUUUCCACAUCUUGUACGUGUUUUUCAUGUUUGCCUGGGGUGCAGGGUAACAGUGGAGCUGCUGGCAUUCAGUUUAAUAUUCACGAGCUGCAGAUAAUAGACAGGAAUUUCAAAAAACUAAAAACAAUGCCCUUUCUUUUUUUUUUUUAAUAUGUUGACAAGACAUCUUUGUUAAAUAUUUUAUAGGGUCUGUUGGAAUGUUAAUGAAGAUUAGUGCUCUUAAAUACUGAACUACACUGAACUGCCAGAGAAAACUUUUUAAAAUUGAAAAUAAAAUAACCAAGGUGUGACUAUAGCUAAACUAAAUACAUUUUCCACAUGAGCUGUGCAUUCAAUCUGCUAUUCAGUUUUGAUUCAUCUCAUAUGGUUUUUAAUGAAUAAACCUCACAAUGAUACAGGCCAUACUAGUGCAGUAUAUAGGUUCCGCUAGUAGAACUGCAGGGUGUUCUGUUACCCUAGUGCCGUACACAGGUUUCAUAUGUGGAACUACAAUGUAUUCUGUUAUCCUACUGCAGUAUACAGGUUAUGCUAGUGUAAUACAGGGUGUUCUGUUAUACAGGCAUGGCACACAGGUUCUGCUAGAUUGUUCUCAACGUUAGUCCUCAGGACCCCCUACCAGUCCAGGGUUUAGGGAUUACCUGGGUGUGUCUAAGGUGUUUAGAAAAAGAAAAAAAAAACACCUUAGAGUCUAAGGUGUUUUUUCCCCUUUUUCUAAACACCUGAGACACACCCAGGUAAUCCCCAAAUCCUGGACUGGUAGGGGGUCCUGAGGACUGGGUUGAGAACCCCUGUGCUAGAAGAAUACAGUGUUCCAUUAUACUAGCAUGGCAUGCAGGUUCUGCUAGUGUAAUACAGGGUGUUCUGUUAUACUGGCAUGGCACACAGGUUCUGCUAGAAGAAUACAGUGUUCCAUUAUACUAGCAUGGCAUGCAGGUUCUGCUAGUGGAAUACAGGGUGUUCUGUUAUACUGGCAUGGCACACAGGUUCUGCUAGAAGAAUACAGUGUUCCAUUAUACUAGCAUGGCAUGCAGGUUCUGCUAGUGUAAUACAGGAUGUUCUGUUAUACUGGCAUGGCACACAGGUUCUGCUAGAAGAAUACGGUGUUCCAUUAUACUAGCAUGGCAUGCAGGUUCUGUUAGUGGAAUACAGGGUGUUCUGUUAUCCAAGUGCAGUAUACAUGUUUUGCUAGAAGAAUACAGUGUUCUGUUAUACUGGCAUGGCACACAGGUUCUGCUAGAAGAAUACGGUGUUCCAUUAUACUAGCAUGGCAUGCAGGUUCUGUUAGUGGAAUACAGGGUGUUCUGUUAUCCGAGCGCAGUAUACAGGUUUUGCUAGAAGAAUACAGUUUUCUGUUAUACUAGCAUGGUACACAGGUUCUGCUAGAAGAAUACGGUGUUCCAUUAUACUAGCAUGGCAUGCAGGUUCUGCUAGUGGAAUACAGGGUGUUCUGUUAUCCGAGAGCAGUAUACAGGUUUUGCUAGAAGAAUACAGUGUUCUCAUAGGCGUGCGCAGCCUAUUGCAUUAGGGUGUGCACCCUAAAGCACAAACACACGCUGUUCCUGCAGGACUCAAACCAUAGGCGUGCACACGGGGAUUAGGGUGUGCCCAGGCACACCCGGCACACCCCGUGCGCACGCCUAUGAGUGUUCUGUUAUACUAGCAUGGCACACAGGUUCUGCUACAGGAAUACAGGGUGUUCUGUUAGAUUAGUGCAGUACACAGGUCCUGCUUGUGGAAUACAGGGUGUUCUGUUAUACUAGCAUAGUACACAGGUUCCGCUAGUGGAAUUCAGGGUGUUCUGAUAUACAAGGUGUUCCACUAGAUGAAUACAGGUUAUUCUGCCAUACAAGGACAUUAAUGUCUUUGUAAUAUGCAGAGAGGUUUAAACAGCUGUUGUAGAAUGGAAUCUCCAUCUCCCAAGCCAAUAAAUAUUAAUAUAAAAGAACACUCUGCAGACAGAGCCAUACUAGCGCAAUAUACAGGUUCCAUUAGUGUAAUGCCAUACAAGGACAUUAAUGCCUUCGUAAUAUGCAGAGAGGUUUAAAUAGCUGUUGUAAAAUGGAAUGUCCAUCUCCCAAGCCAAUAAAUAUUAAUAUAAAAGAACACCCUGCAGGCUCUAUUAAAUCACCUUUAUUAAAGUCAAUGCAGAGCAAUCUGGCACAGUGUCAAUAUUUAGGGUCAAAACAUUGCCAGGUCCCGCUGUGGUGACUGGAAAAAAGGUGAUUUAAAAAUAUCUAAUACAUUUCUGCAGAGUUUUUCCGAUUACUAUACUAGUACUUUAUACAUACUUUGCUAUUAUGGUAGAUUGGGUCACCAAACUUUGUUGGCACUAUUCAAUGAUUGUAAUACUUGGGUGUACUAGUAGAACACUAAUUGUAAUAGUUGGGUGUACAACAGAUUGCAGAUGGUUAUAGUCAGGUGUACAGUGGAAUGCAGAUUGUAAUAGUUGUGUAUACAAGUGGAAAAACAGGUAAACUACUUUGACUAUUUUGGCCUUAAGUCUGAAAUUCACUUUAAAUUGUCCCUGUAGUGAAUUACUCUGUUAGUGUACUAGAUAAAUUCAGACUGUAACAGAUUGGUUGUACUAGUGUAAUACAUUGUGUUACAGCUGGGUGGACAAGUGUAAUGCAGGGUUUACUGCAGGGGAGGGCUGCCAACUUGUGGCCUGGGAGGCAAAAACAAUAUAGUGGCCCAUAGUAUAAUUUUACCAACCCACCUGUUAACAUCAGCGAUAGACACAAAUACACAAAUAAAAUAGAUCUGUUGAUAUACAAACAAGCUAAUUGAAUAGAAAGAAUUAAAGUGCUGUGCAUUUAGAUAUGAAAAGUGGUUAGAGAGCAGCCCGGAGAGCUUUGGCCCAGCCCAGUGGACACUUGGGCAUCACUAAUCAAUAAGGAUGAUCUCCCCAACCAGGUAAGCAUUUAGUAAAAUGAAUUAUGAAGGAUGUUCCAACAGGGGAAUGCCAUUAAUGCAUUAUCAAGCCAAUGAAAAAUAAAUGCAUAAACCUGGUAUAUCGUGCCAAAUAACAUUAAAUAAAUAAACUUGGUAUAUUGUGCCAAAUAACAUUAAAUAAAUAAACUUGGUAUAUCAUGCCACUGUUUUACUGCUAUACUAGUUCCAGUCAGAGCUGGAAACAGUCACUGAGGAUAAUUAAAGUUGCUUUGAAGUAUCUGAAUAAUCUGGCCCACAUGAAGGCUAAUGAAUCGAUGAUGAGGUUGUUGAUGUUGCUCCCUGUACACAAGGAGGUCUUUGAAGUUCAAUUAGUACAGUACACAGACGAAUAGCUACAUUAUUUGAUAACAGUAGCUUCUCUGAAGUAAUACUAGAUAAUUACUACUUGGCUGCACUUUAUCUAAUCGUGGCCAUCUAAAAUUUACAGUAAGUAAAGGGGAUAAGGUUUAUGGGAGCAUUACUGACGACUUGACAGACCUUUCCAUCAAAUGGUUAUGUAAUAAUAUGUAAAGGGAAAUUCCACAAAAAAAAUUAAAAUAACUUACAAUACAAUCAUGUAUCAUUCCACAGCAAUUGAUGCACCAGAUGUCGCUUAACUUUGUCCCAUACGUAUAAUUAAAUACACAUAGACAAUAAAAAUAAACAUUACAUUUAGUUUGCAAAUUCUCCUGCAACCCUCAUUUUUUCCUAUACAUCUAAGUCCUGCAAAUACAUAGGUUGCUAUAUAGUCCUAUAGUCUUGUUGGAACUCAUCCAUUACAACCUUGGAAACCAUGGGGCCUCCUGACAACUGCAACAUCUUGAAAAUAUGCCAACAGACAGAUGACUGCAUAUAUAUAUAUAUAUAUAUAUAUAUAUAUAUAUAUAAGUAAACAAGGCACAUGUUUGAUUUUUAUUUUUGUUUAAUUUUGAUUAAUUUUUUGUAGUAAAAUAGUGAAUGAUUUUUUUCUUGUUAUUUUGGUGGCAGUGUCCCUUUAAAUAAUCUAAUAGUGGCCAUGCGUUUAGCAUACUAUUCUAUAUGUAUGACAUUAAGGGAACAUUUUUUAGUUUUGUUAAAGGAACACUAAAGCACUUUAGUUGGCUGUUUUAUGUGUGGAGUGUUUGUCCUUUUUUCAUAUUGCAAAAAGUGCAGAUUUUAAAAGAAAUUGGCACUUUCAUAAAUUAGUCGUGAUACACCCUCCGCCAGUCUGACAACUGGUCCUGUAGUUUAGUUCAAUAGAUGGGCAUCUAUGAUUGGCUGAGAGUGUCAGCUGACUGCUUUUAGCCUAUCAGAACUCAGGACUAUCAGAACCAUUGUCAGUAUGAAUUGGUAUGACUACAAGGAAGUGUGUAAUCUCUGCCUUAGACACACCUCCAUUAGGGACCAGACUUGAGGGGGUGACUGGUGGCAGGGUGACAGGGGGCUGAGGUGACAGAUGGCAGUGUCAGAGAGGGAGGGUGUGACAGGGGGCAGAGUGAGGGAAGGAGGGGGUGACAGGUGGCUGAGGGAGGCGGUGACAGGUGGCAGUGUCAUCGAGGGGGUGACAGGUGGCAGUGUCAGGAAGGGAGAGGGAGACAGGGGGCAGAGUGAGAGAAGAAGGGGGUGACAGGUGGCAGUGUCAGGGAGGGUGACAGGGGGCAGAGUGAGGGAAGGAGGUGGUAACCGGGGGCUGAGUAAGGGUGUGACAGGGGGCUUGGUGAGGGGGUGACAAGGGCCAGAGUGAGGGAGGGAAGGGGUGGCAGUGUGAGGAAAGGGGGGUAAUAGUAAUAGUGUCCUGGCUACCUGGUGGUCCGGUGGGAUUCCUAUCCAGUCUGCAGCUCCGCCGGGUGUGAUCUCCAGAAGUCAGAGUGUUGCCGUGGUAACUUGCGGCAAUGCUCUAAAUGGCUGGGGAUCGUGAGACACUUCAAUCUGCAACUCACACCCAACGGAGCUGCAGGCUGAAGGCUGGCUCUCUGGGCAGACUGGAUGGGCCUCGCACGUGGCGGCAUAUAGGGCAAGCCGCCAGGCCCCCUCCUGAUGUCGGGUCCUCGGUCAGCCAGCGCGAGGCCUUAGGCGUGUAACGGAGCUCCACGUACUCCGACGAGUACCCUCUGUUGAUGGACGCUUCUUAGCUUGCGCUGAGGACCACGAGCACCGCACCGGACACCACAACCACUACAGACUCCGCAACCGCCGUAGCUUGACUGGAGUCUCACUGUCUUCCUUCCACCAUGGAUCAGAGAGCCUACUUAGAGAGCCGCCUGUGCAGCUAUCCAUUCAUUGUGGCUUCAAUUAGAAAUGUUAACAAACUUGAAUGGGCACAUAAUUGUAUGCCUAUGCAAUUUGUCCAACAUUAAACAAGAAUAAAAGGCAAACCAACUAAGCAAACACAAAAGUAUUUUUUUUAUGCUACAGAUAAAUAAGAGAAUCCCUGGAACUGGAUGAUAGAUCAAAUUAAUUUAUUUAUUACAAACAUAUCUAGCUACAAAACAUUUUUCAUUUUUUUUUUUUACAUUUUCUAAAGUAAAUACAUUCAACUAAAAAGUCAUCUAAUUAAUGAGUUGCUCAUUUUUCUUAGUACGCUUUUUUUUUUUAGCUAAUUCUCUCUCCAGAAACACAAUGCAAGAUUUGAAAUAUAUUUUUAUUAAUAAAAAAGGAUUUUUUUUCCCUAAGAUUAUUUUAUAGCUUUUCAUUUUAUUUUUUUAAGACUAUCUAAAGAGAUUGUAAUUCGAACACUCAGUUUGCUGCACUGCUUGGUACAAAGAUAACAUGUUAUUAGGAACAGUGGAUUUACAGAGAUAGCCGUGCUCAAAAACUAACUCCUAUUAUUUAAAUGUUGAAAUUUGCAUUGUUGUGUAGUGCAAUUAUGGUAUCAUGUUAACCAGUAGAGUAGAUAAAUAACUUUUGUGAACAAAAACCGAAUGAUAAGAAUGAGAUAAUUCAUUUUAUUGAUUAACUGAGAGGGUACUAACUAAACACCUAAGGACAUCAAGGCACCAUUACCACUUUAUCUCAUAGACGUGAUUAUGGAACGUGGAGCCCCAUUGUGCUGGAUAACUGUUUUUAAAUGGUUUAAUAGUGAAUGGGGUCCUAAGCACCCACAGCCUGACCCACCUCUGCUGCCUGCUUCUGCCUUAGCCUGACCAGCGAAGCAAGACAAUGAUUGGUUGAAAGCAAUAGCUAAGACCUCUCAGUCUAUCCCAGACAUCUAUCUUUUGUUUGAGUUGGUAUGGCCAUAGUGAAGUGUCAUCUUCAUUUUCACCAUACCUCCAGUGGGGGCAGGGCAGAGGGUAGCUGGAGACCCUCGUACAGUGUUUAGCUGUUCCAAAAUGGUUUAGUACGGAUCCAUGAACCAGCACCAGAGGUCUCCAGGAACCCCAACCACUGCCCUAAUAUUUAUUUAUUUUUGACAUUUAUAUAGCGCCAACUAAUUACGCAGUGCUUUGCAAUAUUAUAAAAAGAGGGACAUUUAACAAUGAGACAAUUAUGAAAUGUUACAGAAACAAGAGGUUAAUGAGGACCCUGCUCAAACAAGCUUACACUCUAGAUGUCAAGUGGUUAUAUAAUAUAUAUAAUAAUAUAUAUAAUGUAUCAGAUACGUAGAAUAUAGUAUCAAAACUGGAGAAAAAUAAUUACUGAGAUUUGUUUCCUCAUUUUGUUUUCUGCAUCAUUCAUAUCUUCUCUCUUCAUCUCCCUUUCCACCUUUUCUUUCCCUUCUCCCCAAUCUCAAAAUCUAGAUAUAACUGUCUAAAAUGAGUUAGAGUUAAAAUCUGUAGUAAUUAGAGUAAAUGCACUCCAAGGUCAGUGAAAAAAGAUACUGAAAGUAACUUCAGCAUUCCACCAUCGUCAAGUGUCCUCUUAAAUGCAUGUUAUUUCCAUCUGUAAUGUUGGAAAAACACAGAGAUAUGUACGCUUAUUUCUCCUUGCAAGCAUGUUGGUAUAGUAUUUUAGGUUUCUCAAAUGAGCGUUAUCUACGCAAAAUAGAUGGUGUUCUUGAGAGAAGUUUUAAAUGUUGAGACAUUAUAAUAGUAAUAAUAAGGUGGGAGUGAAGCAGAGCUAGAGGAGAGAGUAAAGUGCUGCUCCCCAUAGUGUAUAGGCUUGUUAAUUACAUCAAUAUGCAACUUUGAAUCCUAAACGUUUUGGUAAAUUUCAGAUUACAUUAUUUGAAUAAAUUCUCUGUGUUGAAUAGCAGUGUUUCUGUUAUUCCAUAUUGGUUCUGGAAAAAUAAAUUUUUUUUUGACAGAUAUCAGUUGACAAUAAAAUAAGAUUCCAAUUAACAAUUCUUGUGUUUGUAGUUUGCAGGCAUGUUUAAUCCUAAAAUUUUAGGUCAUUAAUUUAAUUACAUAUUGUUUCAAUUCUGAAUUUCAAUUGUAUCCCCCACCCCACAGAUCUGAGCCCGAGCACCACAUACGACAUUAAACUCCAAUCUGUGAGAGGGCUGGUCGAAGGAAAAGCUUCCUCUGCUGUUGGCGUUACAGGUAUCAAAAUAAAUUGUGUUUUCCACUAUGUGUUGUAUAAACAUCUGAUGCAUAGUAAAUAUGGGUCAGACAUACUAAGUUCUGAUACACAAUUGCCACACCACCUCCACUCUAAGGGUGGUAACUAACCUGAUUCCAUGACAACAAAGGUCUGAGCCUUUAAAUGUUCUUUGCUCACAAUCUUGUCAAGUAAUCUAUGAAUGCCUAGACUUUCUAUAAAAUUUAGCUGUGUUGGGGAAUUUUACCAUCCUUACUAUUUUGGUCAGAAUUGUGUAAUUCGUCAAUUCGCCACAUUUCACUGUUUAAUGGAUAAAUCCACUGAUUCUUGCUGCACAUGUAUUGUACACGCUCUAAAGAAUAGACCAUGUCACAAAACAGUGGACUUUGUGGUGUGGCUUUUGUUAAAAAAACAGCUCAGAUCAUCUUGUGUGAUGAUUUAAAGUAGUCUUUGGGUUUAUGGAACUCGGAAUGAAAUGCUUGUGAUUGGAGGGUCUCAUUCUGGUGUGGGAGGGGUCCUCUGAGGGACACAAAGUAAAAAGUGUGUAACGUUUUAUUUUACAUUUUUUUUAAUGUAUUGUUUUGACAAUAUUGUUAAUGCAAAGUCUUUAUAAUACGCCUUUUGAACAGACAAUGCCUUUAAGAAUUUACACUCCAAGAUUAUAAUUUGCAGAUUUGAAAUAUUUAAUUCUUACAUUGAAAAAAAUAACCAUAAAAGAGUAGCAUAGACAGAAUAUGGAAUUAGUAAGCAGCUGAAAUAAUAAAUCAAUGGAGACAUAGCAGUUACUAGAUUGAUUAACUAACACUGUUUGCACACAACAUUCAAAAUGAAAGAUUUGUCUGUAUUAGCUGCAGACAUCGACGGAAAUCAUGCAGGUAUGGAUAGAGUCAGCUAAAAUAGUGGCAAAACUGUCAGGGUUAUUUACAAAGCUGGCACAUGUUGGAAAUUGGUUAGAAAACUGCAAUUUACGACAUCAAAAUUAUACCAGUUGGAUAUUUAAAAAAAACAAAAAAACUAUUCUGCUGUUUUGGAAUACAUUUGCAAUCAUAUGGCCAAAACUCGGAAAGGUAUAUAGAUAUAUUUUUAAGAUGCCAAAAUACCUGAGCAUUGCAGUAUGCAAUGAUACCUUUUUUAUUAGACUAACAUAAUAUUUCAAAGACAUGCUAACGAGAGUUUUCCUCUCUUCCUCAGGUCUGAAGCAAUAGGUCAAAAGCUUGUCUUUGAAAUAUUAUGUUAGUCUAAUAAAAAAGGUAUCAUUGCAUACUGCAAUAGUCUGAUAUUUUGGCAUCUGGUCUACUGGACUUAUACGGCUAAACCAAUCUACACUGAUAUAUUUAUAUAGUGGAAAAUGUAUUCAUACUUACAGUAAUUUUCUUUUCCUGGCUAUUAUUUAUGGCAGCAUAUACAAAUGGGAAUGGGUUAUCUCCGCCUCUUACAGCCGAUAGGACAGGAAAAACACCAAAGGCUUUAAAAGGAGGCUCUAUUCCUAAGGUCCUCAGUCAGUAACAAGGUCUACAGUAGAUAAAAAGAGACAUUGAUGGGUGGGUAGUAUAUGCUGCCAUGAAUAAUAGCCAGGAAAAUGUAAAUAACUGCUGAUCAAAUAAUCAGAACAAUUCAACAUAGAUUAGAAGAUUAAACUGAGUUAAAGACUUGACGACCAUAUAGCGCAUCAUUGACUGCUUUAACGUCCAGUAUGUAAUGCCGGACAAACAUAUCCAAAGAGGUCCAAAGGCCAGCUUUACAAAAAGUGUCAGCAAAGAGCAUUGACAUUGAACCCCACGAUAGAGAUAUAUUUUCUCUUUUCAGAUACCAGGUAAGGUGUAACUCCACUGAAGGUGACAUCGUCAGUGGCUGGCUCUAAUUUAUCUUUCUCUUGUUGAACUGAGAUGGGAAGGACCUUUGAGGAAUCCUGAGAUGCCAUUGAGCCCAUCUGACAAGUCCAAUGGUAGAAGCCCGGAUUCAUAGUAGUUGUAUAUACUUUCUUGCUGUUCUGGACUCUCAAUAUCACUAUAAGCACAUAUAAGGUUCUUGAGGUUGCAGUGAGGCCAAAUGGUAGGGCACUAAAUUGGAAGAUCUAGGGCUAUUGGAAUAUGACAGUAAACAUCCUUGAGAUAUAUAGAGAUAAGGAAAUUGUCCUUCCAAAUUGAUGGGGGGUGGAUCUGACUGACUCCACUCCGAAGACUCUGACAUUCAGCCUUUUAUUGGUUCUUCUUAGGUCCAGUAUAGGCUUCCAUGGGCCUUUCCUUUUAGCACCAGAAGAGAGGCGAAAAUGAAGCCUGGCACUGCUCUUUUUAUGGGACCUAAGAAAUCACCUCUUCGUCCAGAAGGUUUCUUACAUAUUCCUUCAGUACUAUACCUUUUGAUUCAUCUGUCUGAAUUCUCUUGUUGGUAUAGAUACUCCCGUGUCUGAAAAAAACUCCAGUCUAUAUCCAUCUGGACUAUGGAUACCACCCAAGUCUCCAGAAUAUGACGAGCCCAGGUAUAUCUGAUCAGAAAAAAAUAAGGCUCCUAGUACUUGAGGACAGACACAAGUUCAUUGGGGAAGAGCAAAAUGAGUGCUUCAUAGCUCUAUUAGAACCUUGAAAGGCAGGUUGACCAACUGUCACAAGUUACCUCUGGAGCAUUCCCUGCAGGGUCAGUAACUCCAGAAAUGCUGAUCACUGUAGGUUCAGCACAUGGAAAGAGGGCAUCACUGCCGCGAUGUGAUGUGGAAGUCAUUCUGUUCAAUCUGCAGGGCUCGUCAUUGAAGUGGAUGGCCCUCCGCCUGGCACAAAUGGGGUGUAGUUGGCUACAUUCCAGAGAUGUCUCUGUUGCCUGUUAGUUGUUGGGUCGACUUGAUUAUCAAUGCCUAGGGUGUCAAGAAAGUUCGGGGCUUCUGCUCUCAAGUGGAGCUUGUAUACUGUCCCGUCUUUUAUGACAUGAAGGGCUCUUGGCAUUCCCCAGUGGUAAGGGAUUUUUGUUAUCCCGUAGGAUGCAUGUAAUAGGACGUAGCAAUUGUCUCCACAUCAUGGUGAUUCUGGACAGGUCUGCAUAGAAUACCAAGGACUGUUGCUCAAAGUCCAGAGUUGGUGAGUUCCGGACCGCCGCCAUGAAGGACAUUUUAUCCUGGUGUGUUACGAAUUGUAUGAUAAGUUCCCUUGGAGCCUGAUGUGUUUGCUGGGAUUGGGUACGGAUUCUGUAGAAAUUGUCAAUGAGGAGGCUUUUGGCCUGCUUGUGUGGCAAUAGGUGUUGGAAAAGACGCCUCAGGAAAAGCAGUAUCUCUGUCUGAUCCACCAUUUUGGGGAUGCCAUGGAUUUUAAUAUUCUUGCAUCUACUGUGAUCUUCCUGAUCUCCCAGCUUUUGCACCAGAGCUGUGUGAGUUUGAGCUUGUCGUUUCUGUUCCUUGCUGGUCGAGGCCUGAGUGGCUUUGAGGUCUAUCACCUCUUCCUCUGUGACCUUGAUUCGUCCUGUCAGGGUAUGUAUUUCUUCCCUCAGGAUGGUGACAUCUGCCUGGGACAUCUUAUGUAAGUUGUGCAGGAGCGCUGUUGCUCUUGGUAGCUGGGGUUUGAUCUUCCUUAUCUGAGGAUAAGUGGUGUGGGCCUCCAGCUUGAUGGAUGGCAUCCAGAGUGUCCAGUGUCUCCAGAGAGGGUUCCUCCUCGGAGGAUGAUUCCUCUACUGGUGGAUCCGCCAUCUUGGAUUUUGCACGCGGUAGGCCUCCAUACAGGUAAUCUCCGAUAUUUUGAGAUCUGGAGUUUGGUAAUUGUUUGUUUUUCUUUGCCCGCUUCCCCAUUGAGGUGUUUUGAGAAUAAGAUGCUUUUGUGCGCUAUAAUACCCGUUUUGUCAGCUCGUUUGGAGCUUCAGCUAGGCACGUCUGCUCAGUUAGCUGGCCAGCUCUGCCCCCCCUGGCUAUAUGUCUUUCUACUGAUUAACUUAUCCCAGCAUAAUGUAACAGCAGUUCAAAGAAUAUGUUAUUUAGCAGUAUUCCAAAGGCUGGUUAAGCAGAAUUUCAAGUAUCAGGUAGAUAUACUACAGCAGCAACAUUUAGAGUAUCAACUGUAUGACUGCAAGAUUACCACAGUAUUCGUUGCACUGAAAUGGCUUCUACUCCACACCUCCCCAACUCGGAACACACAGCGUGACGCAUAUAAAGAAUUUUCUGUAUGGUCAUACUAUGUAAAAUGCAGACACAAACAACCACAGAAAAGGGUUUGUGGUUGAAUAUGAGCAUUCUCAAAAGCAAAAGUAUGCACACUUUUCUCAGUAAAUAAUAGCUGUUGAGUAAGCAUGCAAAGAGCGUGAAACACAUUCAGCAUGUAUGUGGUUAUAAUUUCUUUUUUUCUGAAUUUUAAGAAAAUUAUUUCAUACACAUCCCACAGUGUGUGGCUCUGACUUGAAGAGUUUAGAAACCACUUAUAGUCCAUUGAUGCUGUGGGAAUCUAAAAUACAAAUAGAGGGGUUGAUCCACUAAAUGUUGCUAUUAAAUGGAAACUACACAAGAAAUACAUUGUCUGGUUUCAAGGCACCGACAAGGUAAACUCCAUUUGUUGUGUGUCUUGCUAUUGGCCUUUUGAGCAGUGUUUAUCUAUAUUGUGUUUACUGAUCUCUUCCUAGGUAUGAUUGCAAAUAUUUUACCUUUGCUUUAAAUAUUUUCUGUUGAUCUCUACGAAUGUUCAUAUUAUUUCUUAAAAAAAUUGAUAAAAUAAUGCUUACUUCUAAUAUUGACCAUUUGGCGUAUACAUCCGUACAGCAAUUUUGCUGAUCUUUGCAAACUUUAUUUGUUUAUUUAUAUUGUAACUGAAUACUCAUACUCAUAAUAUUUAUCUUCAGGUAUUGAUGGGCCCAAAAAUUUAAGGACUACAAAUGUGGGCGAGGAUACAGCCAGCCUCUCCUGGGAACGCAGCCAGGCCGAUAUAGACAGGUACAUGCUCAGUUACACAUCACUAGAUGGUGCCACUGAAGAGGUAGCCGUAGACAAAUCAAAGGAUUCCACCGUCGUAAGCAACCUUAUCCCAGGCAUGGAAUAUAUCUUCGAACUCUGGGCAGUCAAGGGCAACAAACGCAGUAAGAGAACCAGUGUCACAGCCACAACAGGUGAGAUAUUACUAGUACAUAGUGUUCCAUUCUGUCUUAUGUUAAUACGUACUCAAUCUGAGAAUCAAAACAUGGAUCAACUAAUGUGCUUUUAAUAGAAAAAUAUAUCUAAUAUAAAAGGUAACACCAACAUGUUACUGAAAAAAUAAUACAGAGACAGCGAGACAGAGAACAAAAGUUUGAGGGGUUGUCUGGCAUCUCUCACUUCUAUUUAGCAAACUACACUCUUUAUACAUCAGCAUUUUUAAAAAGGCUAAUUUUUUUUUAGAUCUUAUGAUGCUGUAAUAUGUAGAAUGAUCACAUUUUCAAGUCUCCAAAUUUUUUUUUGAGGAAAUGUAAUCAUUAAUUGAUAAUGGGGCACUAAACUGUCUUAACACACAAAUAGCCACCCUUAGACACAGACAGUACUUAGACACAGACACAGAGAUCUCCCUUCUGUUGCACACUCCCCAGAGACAGUCAUCCGUCGUCAUACACGGACAACCAAAAUCAGAGAUAGGCAGGUGUCUGUGUGUGAUAGCGUGUAAUAUAGUGUACAUCUGUUCUCUGUACUUUGUGCAUGACAGCUGACAGUGUGUUUACCUGUGCAUGCAUGUUUACUGGUUAUAAACAUAUAUAUUUCUACUCUCUUUAGAUAUUGACGCACCCAAAAAUCUAAAGGCUUCUGCGGUCACAGAGACAGAAUACUCGUUAACCUGGAAUCCACCUAUUGCACAAAUCGAUGGUUAUACAUUGAUCUACGAGGACUCCGAUGGAAACAGCCAGGUAGCUCAGGCUUAACACUUGAUAAAGUGUAACUAAACUUGGAGAUUCAAUUUGUUCUGAACCUCAGUGUGUCCAAAUAUGGGCCAGUAGGGUGAUUGUCUAAAUUCCUGAACCAAGAUGAUUUAUGGGAAAAAAGAAGACUGAUGGCUGGGUCAGCCACUAAAUGUUGAUUUUAUUUACAGGUCAAGGGGAAAGAGACCAGUCAGUGUGUGUGUCGGUCAGUCAGUGUGUAUGUGUCGGUCUGAGAGUGAGUGCGUGCAUCUGUCAGUGAGUGCGUGCAUCUGUCAAUAAGAGUGUGCAUCUGUCAUUGAGUGUGAGUCUGUCAGUGUGUGUCUGAGUAAUAGUGUAUGUCUAUCAGUGUGUCAAAUCAGUGAGUGUGUGUAUGUCAUUGUUUGUCAGUGUAUGUGAGAGUGUGUGUCUGUCGAUGAGUGUGUGCGUCUGUCAGUGAGUGCGCGUCUGUCAGUGAGUGAGCGUCUGUCAGUCAAAGUGCAGCCUUGACAGGAAGGGGUGGGGAAAAUUUAAAUUAAGGGGGUUGCCCAAGCACCAUCCCGCCUAGGGCAGCACAAAUCCUAAAUACACCACUGCUGCUGAGUGUACCAGUAAUGAGAGUAAAAAAAACUAAUGCAUUUUGUAAGAUACUGAAAGUAUCUAGAAAAAGCAAUUCUCUGCUCUAAAGGUGCAGCGGUCACUGUGGAAUACAAAAGAAUGUUCCAACUUAUUGUCACAUUUUAAGAACUUUGCACCCCAUUACAGCAAUCUUACUGAUGUGCAAUCAUUAUACAUCUUAUUACGUGAAAAUAACUCCAUUCUUUCCAUCCAAUUUAGGAAGGGUUACAGUCAUACAUGAAGACAGCUCUUACAACCUUAAUUAGCAAGGUGUUAGAGACACACUAAUUAGCUUCUCUAAAAAAAAAAUUGUUUAAAAGUUCAACACAACGCUGAAAAUAAAAACAGUGCAAUGUCUAAAUGCAAUUUCGAACUUUAUCUGACGUCUUAAUACUAGUCAUUUUAUCACUUUGCAUAUAUUUGGCAGGAGGUCAACUUAGAUUCUGCAAGCAAGAGCUACGCGCUGAGAGGGCUGCGGAUGGGAUAUGAAUACACUGUGUACCUGUUGGCUUAUAAAGGAAAUCUUCAAAGCAAGAGAGCCAGAACUGCCUUCUUCACAGGUAAGGUUAUCAUUAUAAAUGAUAAGAACCAGAGACAUAACCCACAAUAAUUUGGUUGCUACUGGUUACCUUCUCAAGUAACCUCUUACUUUAAUUCCCAGGGUCACACAGCAAGUGAAUUAAAGGACCACUCUAGGCACCCAAACCACUUCAGCUUAAUGAAGUGGUCUGGGUGCCUGGUCCAGCUAGGGUUAACCCUUUUUUUUUUAUAAACAUAGCAGUUUCAGAGAAACUGCUAUGUUUAUAAAUGGGUUAAGCCUUCCCCCAAAGCCUCUAGUGGCUGUCUCAUUGACAGCUGCUAAAGGCGAUUGUGUGAUUCUCACUGUGAAAAUCACAGUGAGAGCACGCAAGCGUCCAUAGGAAAGCAUUGAUAAUGCUUUACUAUGCGACCGGCUGAAUGCGCGCGCAGCUCUUGCCGCGCGUGCGCAUUCAGCUGACGGGGAGGAUCGGAGGCAGAGAGCUCCCCGCCCAGCGCUGGAAAAAGGUAAGUUUUGCCCCUUUUCCCCUUUCCAGAGCCGGGCGGGAGGGGGUCGCUGAGGGAGGGGGCACCCUCAGGGCACUAUAGUGCCAGGAAAACGAGUAUGUUUUCCUGGCACUAUAGUGGUCCUUUAAAUACCAGCCUGUAUGUCUAAUAUCAGUCUUGAGCAUAUAUACGCAAGGCUCUGUUUAUAUAAUAUAUAAAUCCAUAACUAGGUAGCCAAUAACAGAGUAAAUAGAUAGACAGACAUACAGAUAUACAGACAUACAGACAAAUAGAGAGAUAGAUAGAUAACGUUUUUAAAAAGGCAAAUUUUUUUUAGAUCAUAUGAUGCUGUAAUUUGAAGAAUGAUCACAUUUUCAAGUCUCUGAAUUUUCUUUUGAGGAAAUGUAAUCAUUAAUUGAUAAUGGGGCACUAAACUGUCUUAACACACAAAUAGCCACCCUUAGACACAGACAGUACUUAGACACAGAGAUCUCACUUCCAUUGCACACUCCCCAGAGACAGUCAUCUGUCGUCAUACACGGACAGCCAAAAUCAGAGAUAGGCAGGUGUCUGUGUGUGAUAGCGUGUAAUAUAGUGUACAUCUGUUCUCUGUACUUUGUGCAUGACAGCUGACAGUGUGUUUACCUGUGUAUGCAUGUUUACCUGUUAUAAACAUAUAUAUUUCUACUCUCUUUAGACAUUGACGCACCCACAAAUCUAAAGGCUUCUGCGGUCACAGAGACAGAAUACUCGUUAACCUGGAAUCCACCUAUUGCACAAAUCGAUGGUUAUACAUUGAUCUACGAGGACUCCGAUGGAAACAGCCAGGUAGCUCAGGCUUAACACUUGAUAAAGUGUAACUAAACUUGGAGAUUCAAUUUGUUCUGAACCUCAGUGUGUCCAAAUAUGGGCCAGUAGGGUGAUUGUCUAAAUUCCUGAACCAAGAUGAUUUAUGGGAAAAGAGAAGACUGAUGGCUGGGUCAACCACUAAAUGUUGAUUUUAUUUACAGGUCAAGGGGAAAGAGACCAGUAGAGGGAGAAAAAAAGGAUCAGUAAAAAAAAAUAAAUCUAUAUUUUCACAUUUAUAUGUAAUAAAUAUAUAAAUUUAAUUAUUGCGCCUUUUCCCCUCUUUUGGUUACUUUUUCUCACUUGAUUUGUAUACCAAAUUUCGUGAAAAUUAGAAAUAUUUAUAUUAUAUAUUUACUAGUACACUUGUUUUUGCAGUAUACUGGUUAGCCCAUUUUCGUGACCUCUUGGUUCGUCUGAAUCUUUUUUUCAUUAAUGAAAUUCGCACAACCCAGCAACCAUACAGUCAAAAUUUAGCUGUCCUGUUUGUUUUUUUACAUUUAUGGUGGUGUUAUGGUGAAUUUAUUUUUUUUCCUUGUGCAAGUCUAAUUUUUUUAUUUUUUUUACUAAAGUGAGAAUUCAAGGUGAAUUCAAAGUGAAUUUCUAAUUUAAGGUGAAAGUAGAACUGGAAUAAUUGUGUAAAUUAGCUAUGUUUUCAGUUCAAUUAUUCUGGCUUUAAAUUUGAAAUUCAAGAGUAAUGAACAAUAGCAGUGCGUUGUGCUAUACAUAAUUACACAGUGAUAAUAAAAAAAAAAUUGGGGGAGGAAAAAAAGUUUUGGGGAGGAAAAGUUUAGAAAGUAUGUAAUAUUCGAGAGAACAGUUUCACUAAUUCUGAUGAAGUUCCUUCUAAAUUAGAUUAUUAUUUAGUUUCGAGAGUCCCUCAGUAACCUCUGCUGGAAUUAGUAUGCUGUUCUGCUGAGUGUACCAGUAAUGAGAGUAAAAAAGACUAAUGCAUUUUGUAAAAUACUGAAAGUAUCUAAAAAGAAAAGCAAUUCUCUGCUCUAAAGGUGCAGCGGUCACUGUGGAAUACAAAAGAAUGUUCCGACUUAUUGUCACAUUUUAAGAACUUUGCACCCCAUUACAGCAAUCUUACUGAUGUGCAAUCAUUAUACAUCUUAUUACGUGAAAAUAACUCCAUUCUUUCCAUCCAAUUUAGGAAGGGUUAAAGUCAUACAUGAAGACAGCUCUUACAACCUUAAUUAGCAAGGUGUUAGAGACACACUAAUUAGCUAGUUCAACACAACGCUGAAAAUAAAAACAGUGCAAUGUCUAAAAGCAAUUUCGAACUUUAUCUGACGUCUUAAUGCUAGUCAUUUUAUCACUUUGCAUAUAUUUGGCAGGAGGUCAACUUAGAUUCUGCAAGCAAGAGCUACGUGCUGAGAGGGCUGCGGAUGGGAUAUGAAUACACUGUGUACCUGUUGGCUUAUAAAGGAAAUCUUCAAAGCAAGAGAGCCAGAACUGCCUUCUUCACAGGUAAGGAUUUAGAAUUUAAGGGUACACUCUGGGCACCAAAACAACUUCGACAGAGAUUGCUGGCACCAGCCAUUCAGUGACACCCUUUUGGAGGCAGUCUGAGGCUUCGUGUUUCUAGAAUUUAAGAGUGGUGAAAGGGCAGAGGCAAAGCUAAACAGUGAUGGCUUCAAAACUUUGGGUUAAAUCGUUCGUGAACUCGUAGAGGUAAACUGGCACCGGGAACUUCAUUCUGAUGAAGUUGUGAUGGUGCUCUGAGUUUAAUGACUGUCUCAUCAUGCAGGCAUGCAGAAUUAUUCAGGGCAUAACCUCCCAGCAUUUCAAAUGGACAAAGAGGAACACUUUAAAUUUAGGGGUGUGAGCAAGGCAGGUGUCCUGAGCAUGUCUCCCAACUGUCCCGAAUUCAGUAGGAUUUUUGUGUCUUCUCCCGCCUUAGUUCUCUCGUGUCCCACUUUUGGGGACACCUGGGAACUGUCCCCAAUAUUCAUAGAAUGAGCCCAUCAAGAGAGAUGCAAGCAGUAUGAUUAGGGCACUAGGACCCUGCUGGCAGCUCCCUGCAGGGUCUGCUCUCAGCAAGCCAUCCUGCAUAAUGGACCAGAAGCUUGAUGUGCAUUCAAGCCAGGCUGACUUUCCAUUUACUCAAAUAUGUGAAAUCUGUGAUCUCCCCAGCCAAAGCAUGGCUGUUCAGCCGGACCCCUAACCACCUCGGGCCCUAGGUCCAUUACCGAUGUACCUGAGUGGUCAGUCCAUCCUUGAUAAGACUCUAUCCAACAUUUGACAGUUGAAGGGAUUGCACUUUAUAAAAAGUGAUGGAUCCAGGCAUCGGCGUACCUAGAGCAUGUGGCACCCGGGGUUUAUCCUGUGUUUGAACCCCCCUCCCACUUUAAAAUGUAAAAAAACACCCACAAUAUUUUUAAUGUUUUAAUGUUUUCAUUUUUAAAAAUUGCACAAAUGUGUAAAUUUUGAAAAAAAAACUGUCCCUCCCCUUCUACAAAACCCCUUUCUGCCCGCCAUUUUACAAAACGCAUGUCCUUUCCCUGUUCUACAAAAUCCCUGCACCCCCUUCCACAAAUCCCCUGCUCAGCCCUCCUUAAACAAAAUCCCUGUCCCCCUUCUACAAACCCCUGCACCCCCUUCAAUAAAACACUUCCCUGCUUCUCCCUCUAAAGCCCCUGCUUAGCCCCUUACAAUGGAAUUAAUUUUUUUACACACAAAUAUUAGCAACAGUCUUCAGAGUCCAUUUCCAGGCACACAAACAGUUACAGACAGUCACACAUACAAUUACAGGCAGAUAGUCACACACACACACACACAGUUACAGGCAGCAUCCCCAAUCACAGGCAGAGAGUCACACACACACACACACACACUCACUGGCACACUGUCACACACAGACAGUCACAGGCAGGCACUCACACACAGAGUCAUGGGCAGAAAAUCAUACACACACAGUCAUAGGUAGACAGUCAAACACACAGUUAUAGGCAGGCAGUCACACACACACAUACAUACACACAUACACACACACACAUACACACACAGUCACACAGUUACACACACACAGUUACAGGCAGGCAUACACAAACACACACACAGUUACAUGCAGGCAGUCACACACACAAACUCCCAGGCAGACACUCACACAGAGUCACAGGCAGACAGUCACACACACACACACUUACAGGCAGGCAGUCCUGCGUGUGUAAGCUGUUCAGCUGCCAUGGCACCCUGUCCCUGCCUCACAGCUCACACAUCCUAAAGCGCACUGCUCAUGGCGACCCCCCUAGUGAGUGGCACCCGGGGUGGACCGCCCCCUCGCACUGCCCUUAAUACGCCACUGGAUACAGGUCUCUUUACUUUUCCUUUGAGCUAGAAAUAUGGAAAUUGCAAUUUGUGAGCAACCGUGGCAUCACGUUACAUAUUCCUGAAAAAGACAGGGAGGCGUUCAUUUCUGGAGCCCAGAUGCUUUUGCACUAGAACAUUUACAGGGCAACAUAUUGACAAAUCUUGCUACAAGCUGUGCUCCAUCAUGUUACACCUGCCUCAUGCCAAGCCAAACACAUGCCCUCCUCCAACCUGCACUAGUCAAAAUAUCCAUAAGGUCUCCAGAUGUGCAAAGAUCUUUUUUUUUCUUUUUCUUUUUUUUUUUUACAAAUAUAUGUCUAGAAGCUUGUGUUUGAAUGGCAUUAAUUAACCAGAUGUAAUAAAAGUCAUAUCAUAUAUGUCUGCUGUUGCUCAUCUUGACCGUUAAAGCCCCAUGUCAAAACUAUACUCUAAUAUGUAAUCUGAAGUGGACAUGGUAAAAAAGACCUCUCUGCCACAUGUGGAUUGAGGUUUGGAUUUCUCAACUUGAAUUCUAGAUAAUAUAUUUGAAGACUAUUUCCUGGUAUAGCAGAUGUGAUGUGGACAAUCAGAUUACAUAGUUACAUAGCUGGAAAAAAAAGACUUGCAUCCAUCAAGUUCAGCCUUUUUCACAUCUGCUUUUGCUGUUGAUCCAAAAGAACAAAAAACCCCAGUUAGAAGCCCUUUCCAAUUUUGCAACAAACUAGGGAAAGAAAUCCUUCUUGACCCCAGACUGGUACACGAGUACCAGAUCUUCUAGUUACACAUGAAGUAUGUUUCAUUGAAGGUAACAAUGAACAAGUGAAGGUAACUCGCAACACAAAUAUACAUUUUAUUCAUAACAUAGGUAUCCAUCAGAUUCAGUCAGAAGAUGUUAGUCCCAACAUUAAAGAAUGCUAUAUGUAUCUAGUUAAGAAGGAACCUUGUGUUAGGAGACAGGAUUUAAUGUCACCCUAGAUUCUAUUGGCUGAUCUAUGGGCUGCUCCGGUGGUCAGUCUUCCAGAGGUCUUAACUAAAUCAUCCCAUUGAAUGUUCUUCCAAGAAAAGUAGAACAAGACUCUGAUAUCACGUGAUUAAUGAAGAGAUACCAGUGGUUCCUUGUCUUAACACAUAUGCAUUAUGAGAAAUAUGUAAAAGGGUGAUAGGGUGGUAGCUGGCUCACAUUUUAAAUUAUUUAAAAUUACUGUGGAUUUCCCAAUGGAACUGCCUGCAUAUUAGCAACUAUUAGAAGACAGAUUUUUGGAACUUCUGGUGUACAUUCCUUAAUUCCUCAAAUACAAAGUACAUAUGAAUAAUAAUUGUGUGUGCCACUAAAUGUAUUGCAAGUAAACCUGAACAUCCAUAUCGUUUUCUUGUAAUAUAACAACUUAUUGCCUUUUUGUAGAUUGCUCACAGAUAUUGGUAACCUGUAAAGUUCAGGGUGUAACGAAUGUGCAGUGGUGAGCAGAAUUAGAAAAAUAUUAUUUUAAUUAUCGUUUGCUAGCCAACGCCAACCAGUUGAGUGGUGGUGUUAUAUAUCACCUCUUUAAGAGGUAUUUUAUAUAUCACCUCUUUAAGAGGUAUUUUAUAUAUCACCUCUUUAAGAGGUAUUUUAUAUAUCACCUGUUUAAGAGGUAUUUAAGAGUCCUUUGCUUUCUAAGCAUCACAAAUCCAUCUUCAUCUCCAAUGGUGCAUUGAUACACCUUAAUGAUUUACAACAAUAAUUAUUGUCUAUUCUGACCCAAAUUACAUACAUUCAUUAACUUGGAGAUCCAUUCUGUAGUUUUUAAAAUUAUCUCACCUCCCCCCCCCCAACAGUAAUAUAAUAUAUAACAAAAUUAGGGCUGGUCUGCAGGUAACUUUUUUUUUUUUUUAGGUCUAUGUAUCCUUCUCUGGUUCAUUAGAGAUUUAGCUUUUUAGCUGAAAACUACAAGGUAAUUUGUUAGUGUAGGACUCACCUAAGAGGUUUGCCUUAAUGUGGCAGGUGAACUUACACUUUACGGCCAUUGGAGUCAUACCAAAAACCUCCAGUUAUGUAAACGUGCAUAGGGAUUUGGGUCAGUGCGCUGGUAACUAAUUUUGUUUUUUGUUCUAUAUAACAAAAUUAAUGAAUCAAUAACCCUUCAUCAGACUCUUCCCAGUGCAAUAUUGAGGUCUUCUUAGUAACGGGGAAGACAGAGCUGCUACAGUAAUCACCUUAUAAUGGGUUGUUGGCCGUGGAGUGAGCAAUGUGAUAAGAAUAAAAAUACUAGGGACUCGUAUAUAGCAUGGGGAUCCCUAAUUUUAGGUCCCAAUCCAAGGGUAACAACCACCAAUUUAAGGUAUAUCAAAAUAUAUCUUCUUUUAAUCUCAAAAUUAUAUCUUUAUUUUUUUUUAUAUGCCCUGCAUAAUAUACAUAUAAAAUGUGAUUGUCUCUUGUAAAAAAACAAUUGAACCCCCCCCCAAAAAAACACCUCUUCCUUCUUUCUAUCUUUAGAAAUUGACCCUCCUACUAAUUUGCAGUCUUCUGAGAUCUCGACGUCUGAAGCCUCUUUGACUUGGACUGCACCUACUGCCCAGAUAGAUGGUUAUACAUUGACUUAUGAGGAUGCGGAUGGUAACAGUCAGGUAUAAAUAUUUUGCACUUGAAAAGAGAAAUCAGUUUUCUUUUAUUAUACCCAGCGGAGUCUACGUUUGCCCUUGACUAUGUAUGUUAGCUGAAUGCAAAACUGCACUAUCAUAGCUGAAGCUAAGGUUCCCCUACAUUUUUUGACUCCAGUAGGACAAGCAUAAAGAUUCGCUAAAUCCUUUGAAAAAAAAGUCUCUGAUGCUGAGUAUAAAAAGCCCAGGAGUGCUCACAAUGUAUGUUCUGAAUAAUAUUACAGGCAACAUUAAAAUGCUUGGUCAAAAACAAGUCUUGUCCGAGUCAUAGAAUUUCUAUUUAAUUAUUUACAGGGCUGUUAAUAAAAUCUGUAAUAGUUGAGAAAAUAGCCAAGUUGGGAAAAAAUAGAGCCCUGAUAAUGUCAUAAUCACGUAUCUGAAAAACAUAGUGGUUAUAACAAUGUUUCCUUGCUACAUAAUAAAUAACAUUACUCCUUACCAUUAACUUUUAGCAACCUUAAAGGUCACUGUAGGCAUUGCAACUGAAGUGGUUUUAGUAUCUGGAGUUCCCUUGCACUGUCUUUCCAUUCAAAGUUAAAUCAAUGUUAUAAUGUGUUAGUGCUAUACAAGAGCCCGCAGGAUCCCAUCAUGUAAUGAGGAAGCAUUGGUCUAAACAGCGGUUGUCAGCAGUGAUUGGCGGAGAAUGUCUGCUGGCCAUGUUCAGCGUAUUACAGCCGCCCAUUGCUGUUAUUUAUUUGUAUGACUAAGAAAGUAUGUAAUCUGUGCCUUAAUAAUACCUCCAUUGGCGGCCAGUCUGUGAAUGGCCAGAGAACUUAAUUCUAUUAAAGGGAAACUAUAGUGCUGGGAAAACGAAGUGCUAAAGUGGUUAAAAAUCCCUUUAUUACUUACCUGAUUGUACCUUGACGCUGGUUCAAGCGCCGUGGGGGAGACCUAAUGUACAUUCGCGGCAAUGACCGUGUUCACAUUAGGACUUCACCCAUAGGAAAGCAUUGUAUAAUGCUUUCCUAUAGGGUUUGGGUGUUGACCAAAAGUCGCCUAACAACCCGGUAGUCCCUCUAGUGAAAAACUGCAAUAAUUACAAUUGCAGAGUUAAGGGUCUUGAAGCACUGCACCCAGACCAAUUCAAUGAGCUGAUGUGGUCUAGGUGCCUACAGUGUCCUUUAAACUGCUUGCAAAUGGUUUAAUAUUGAAUGGAGGACUUUGACCAGGGGCAGUGGCGUACAUACCAGGGUCGCAGGGGUCGCGGCUGCGACCAGGCCCGGCCCUCCAGGGGGCCCGGCCGCCCCUGCGACCCGGUAUGUACGUCCAGGGCCAGCCUCUUCCCCUGGGGGGCCCUGGAGCCGACCACCCCAGGGCCCCCCGAGGCUGGCCCUGCUAACCCGGGCGGCCGGUCGGGCAGGCGGGCGCGCGAGGGAGCACUCAGUGCUUCCUCUUCAGCUCCCUCGCGCACCGCACUGAUACCGGAGCCGGAAGAUGACGUCAUCUUCCGGCUCCGGCAUCCCUGCGCGGCGCGUGAGGGAGCUGAAGAGGAAGCACUGAGUGCUCCCUCGCGCGCCCGCCUGCCUACCCGCCCGACCGGCCACACAGACUGCCUGCCCAGGAGCCCAGCAGCACCACUGGACCCCAGGGAAUCCCCCCAGCACGCCAAAAGGUAAGGAGGCUGGGGGGAUUACAUUAAAAAAAAACAUGUGUGAGUGUUAGUGUUAGAGAGUGUUGGUGUGUUAGAGUGAGUGUUAGUGUGUAAGUGUUAGUGUGUGAGUGUUAGUGUGUUAGAUUGUUAGAGUGAGUGUUAGUGAGUGUUAGUGUGAGUGUUAGUGAGUGUUAGAGUGAGUGUGUGUGAGUGUUAGAGUGAGUGUUAGUGUGUUAGUGUGAGUGUUAGAGUGAGUGUUAGUGUGUUAGUGUGAGUGUUAGUGUGUUAGUGUGAGUGUUAGAGUGAGUGUUAGUGUGAGUGUAAAAGUGAGUGAGUGUUAGUGUGUGUGAGUGUUAGAGUGAGAGUGAAUGUUAGUGUGUGUCUGCAAGUGAGUGUCAGUGAGUGUGUUACUGUGUGUGUCUUACUGAGUGUGUGUGUGUUCGUGUGUGUGUUAGUGAGUCUGUUUGAUGUCUGUUAGUGAGUUUGUUUGUCAAUGAGAGUGUAUGUUUUGUAAGUGAGUGUGUAUGUCUGUCGCUGAGUGUGUCUGUCAGUAAAUGUGUGUGUCUGUUAGCUAGUGUGUAUGCGUCUGUAUGUGUGAGAGUGUGUCUUCAGCACUUACCUUUCUCCAGCGCCAGACUCCCUUGGCGCUGGGGAUCCCUCAGCUCUGAAUGCGACCGCGCACGCAUUCAAACCGCCCAUAGGAAAGCAUUACUCAAUGCUUUCCUAUGGACAAUCAGUGUGCUCCUCUAGCGGCUGUCAGUGAGACAGCCACUAGAGGCUGGAUUAACCCUCAGUGAAACAUAGCAGUGGUUAAAACUAGAGGGACCUGACACCCAGACAACUUCAUGAAGCUGAUGUGAUCUGGGUGUCUGUAGUGGUCCUUUAAGUGUGUGUGCAUCUGCAUGCACUGGCGUACAUACCGCAGUCGCAGGGGUCGCAGCCCUGUAACCCCUGCGACCAGGUGCCCACUGCCAUGUGUUGCGGCCCGGCCCGCACGCUGGGGGGGGGGGGGCCCACGGAUCAAUUUUCGCCCCGGGGCCCCAUGGCUCAUGUGUACGCCACUGACCAGGGGGCGACAGGCUAUAUAAACAAUUCAGUGAAGUGAAAUGGUUAAAGUGCCUAUAGUGUCCCCUUGAUAUUGUGAAUGAAGAGCAGUUUCUAAAAGGUAGGCAAUCACCAACAGAAUGUUGAGGCAGAUUGCUCCAUUUUCAAAAGUUUGUCCAAGCAUUGUUCUGUUCACCUACAAACUACAUUGUACAUAACAUUAUAACAUUGUACAUACCUUAUUCUAAAUGUAUAUGACAGGAUAUCAACCUGGAUGCUGGAAGUACAAGCUACACACUAACAGGAUUGAGCAAAGGAAUGAAAUACAACGUGUACCUCAAAGCUUACAAAGGCAGUCAAAGGAGCACACAAGCAACUACUUUCUUCUCUACCAGUAAGGAUAUAAACGUUAUUUAACCUAGUAGAUGCUGGUAUGUUUUGAAUCCAACCAUUUGUUCUAAAGGCUUAAUAUCUGUUUUAUAUGAUAGGUGGUGGUACACACCAGUAGUGAUUUAUGCAAGACAUCUUUGGCAUCACAGCUUAAGCUUAUUGCAUGUUUACAAUACUAAUACCACAAGUAGGUCCUUAGUAUUGUCCCUACUAUUGCUAUCAAUCCUGCACCCGCUAAGUAGGCCUGUUACUAAAAUCUUCAUAUGUUACACACUAAAAUCCAUAAAGCUUAUCAAAGAUGCUCUGAUUUUUGUAUAGAUCUUUUAACUUUAUUUGUAGACACAAUUCACCUUUCAUUACUAUGUCCUAAAUCAAUUUUUAAUGUACUGUCUACUAAUCUUCUGCCUUACUUUUCAGGAUAUAGACUGGCCAUUGCCUACACUCAUCCUAAGGACUGCAAUCAGGUCCAUCUUAGCGGGAACAGUAAAAGUGGCAUAUACUCAAUCUACCCUGGUGGAGACAAGGGAAAAGCUAUCAGAGCAUAUUGUGACAUGGAGACCGAUGGAGGCGGAUGGACUGUAAGUACUAGAUCUGUGGGAAUGUCUUAUUUUUAUUAAUCUAUCAAGGCUAUCUUGUAAUCAACUGGAAUGUGAAUAAAAAAAAUUAUAUUUUACUAAGUAUACAAAUAACAUAACAGAAUAACUAAAUUUAGUAUUACACUGAGUGCUUACACAAAACUGAGAAUCUAUGAAAAAUGCUUGGUGCAAACCUAAAAAAAAUGGGAGAAAAAUAAUGAUUAAUUACCUUCAGUAAAUAUAUAUAUUUACCAAAUACCUUGGUUUAUAGAUCUCGGAUGAUUGAUGAUCAUGGUGGUUCUGGAUGAAAGACAAAGUAAUUUUCUAAUGUUCCUAUAUUAAAUUUGCUAUAGGUCCUUCAAAGAAGAAGCAGUGGAAAACUUGAUUUCAAUCAGAAAUGGAGAGUAUAUGUGGAGGGCUUUGGGGAUCCCAAUGACGAGUAUUGGCUUGGUAGGUGAAGUCAGUUGGCAAGUCACAGUGUUUAUGUAGGAACAGUUUAGAAAUCUUUGAUUACAUUUUUUUAAAAUUUAUUUAAUUAUGAAAUGUAUUUAUUGAGCUAAAAUAAUAGGUAGUUGACAAAUAUUAGAUUGGAAUGGAGAGUCUGCAAUACAAUUUUUUAAUUCAAACUUAUUUUUUUCAUCCUUUAACCGCAGCCCUUUGGCGACCAUGCCUCUCAGCUCAUUUUAGAUUUUCUUGUUUUUUUCAAUGUUUUAUGUUCUUGACUUUCCUCUCAGUCUACAUUUUUUGACAAACCAUACUUAACCUCCCAUUUCCAAAGAGUGUCAACAAAUAUGGUCUAGAUGAGACAAAUAAGUUUCUACUUUUCUUAUUAAAAAACAAAAAGCUAUAAUUUGUUCAUACCCUGGGUCAGUACUAAAAGGAGAUAGUCAACAGUAUAUAUUACUCACAAGCGUCUAUAGUGAAAGGAAUUAAUUAAUCACAGAGAGGAUCCCACAGGAACCGUGGAUGAUUAAUUAAAGUUAAUGUUCUGCAAAUGAAUGUACUGACUAAUAAAACAAACAAGUUUUUUUUUAAUUUAUGGUCUUUUGUUUAGUAUCUAGCAAUACAAUAUAUGCUAACAUAAAGCGACGAUCACAUUUUUUUGUGUAGGAUAAUUAAUAUUUUAUAGCGGAAAUAUAUCUUAGUAUUUAAGGUAUGUGUGAUUUUAUAUAUUGAUAGAUUACAACAUAAAACCAAAAGUCAUUACAUCACACCAUAGUCUGCUGAAUGGUAUACUGAAUGAUGACAACUAAAAAUGGCUACAGAGAGCUGCAAGCAUUCAUUAGUUUAUUACUAUUUUACAGAAUUUUUUUUUGUGUUUGUGUCUGAAGUAGUUAUUGUAUUGCUGAUUGCUAAAUGAGAGUUUGAAGAGGCAUACCUCCCAAACGCUUAAAUCCAGUAGGCUAUGGCCUAAAUCGCACUUAUCUACAUGGGCAUCUACUUCCAAAAUCCUGGACAUGCACAGAUAUUUCUACUACGGCCCAAGUGCAAUUUUCACAAAACCCAAAUAAUAAUCAAAUAUUGGAAAAAAAAUUAAGUUAAAGGAUGUGGUAACUUAAUGGCAGAUGAAGGCACAGCUUAUUAUAUCAUAACCCAUCGACAGCAUUAAAUGAUGGGGUUAUUGCUGUAAAGGUGGACUAUCAUUGAAAGGAUGACCUGCUUUAUAUUUAAUUUCAGUUUGCAUUCAUACUAGUCUCAAUUAUCGUUUUCCUUUCAAUUUCGAUUAAAGUACUCUGUAAAGUGAGUGCCAUGUUUAAAGCUGUUUAGUUGUCUCUAUUGGUGUGACUAUUCCAUGUGAAUGACUAUAGCUUGGGGCCAGAUGACUCUUGUUACAAGUUACUGGGAAUUAAUUGUAAAGCACUAUUGUGUGGUGAAUUUCUAAUAUUGGAGCAAUCGCCAUGGGAACAAAUGGAAUGUUCUUGUCGUGUGGUUUACUUCUGGGGCUUUGCAAGUCAAUAGCUCUUUAGAAAUAGCCCUCAUAUAGUCCUGAAACCUAGUCAUGGUUCAGUAUGUGAACAGCUCUUGAAUGCUGACGAGUUCAGGAAAAGUGUAGAAGCUAACAUAAUUUCAGGAACGAGGUAGCAUCCAGUAUUUCCUGGUAUCUGACCACUUUUCCCCUACAGGUCUGGAAUCCCUUUACCUACUUACGAGUACUUCAGGACCAUAUGAACUGCGUGUGGAUCUUCGUGCUGGUUCUGAGUCGGCGUACGCACUGUACCGCACAUUUACUGUAGGCUCUUCCAGAGACAAGUAUAAACUGACGGUUGGUGACUACUCUGGAACUGCAGGUAUUACAGUUAUUACAGCUUCCUAAAUCUCUAUACAACAAGGACGAAUGCUUUGUUCAGAACAAUAGAUGGACACUUACUGAUAUACUGUAGAAAUAGAAAAUUAGGUGUCAUAAGGUUACUCUAGAUACUACUAGGGAUAGGUUGUGGCAAAUGCGGCAAUUAUUGUCACUCCUUGAAAAAAGGUUGGCACACCAAUUGGACAACAUUGCUCUGGAGUAAUUAUGGGAUGGGAAAUUGGAAUAGGUAGCAAGUAGGAUAAGCCAACAGGGAGCCCUGCAGGCAAAGCAUCGUGGUUGUUGUAGUUCUGAAACAGCUAGAGGGCUGCUUGUAAGACAACUGUGAUGUAUAGCAUAAUUGGGAUUAUUAUGAAAACAAGAUUCAUUAAUAACCCUACAAAAUUCAAAUGAUGGGAUAUUUAUAAGUUAGCCCAGGGGGUGGAGGAGAGAUCAGAUGGGACCACUGUGCCCACAGUAUACAGUUUCCCACUGCAAUGUAUGGUAUGAGGGAAUAAAAGGGACCAAAGUGAUGGGCCAUUUCUUUAAAAUUACAUAUUUUUCACAUUUUAACGGGUUUGUGGUUACUGGUGUAGCAAGCUAGCUGACUAGUUUAGUUUUUUUUUGUAACACUGAUUUAUUACAGAAAUUUCUUGGGAGCUCAUUUCCAAGCAAUAUAGCCAAGCUGAUUAGCCCAAUCUUGUGAAUCCUUUAAGGGUAUUCGGUGCCUUUAUCAAAUUGUAAUCAGUUUUCAGUGAAAGUAUUUUCUCUGAAAUCGCCUUAAAAUAGUAUCAAAUUGCUGAUUUUUUGGGGCAAAUUCUCAAACUAAUGAACAAUCUCAAGUCUGUGCACUGAGUAUUUUUAUUUCAUUGAGGGCUUUGAAAUAAAAUGAAGCAUUAUGGAAAUAUUUGUAUACAACGCAGCUAUUGCCCUGAGCAUAAUUUAUUUUAAAAUUCACAAUUGUACAAAUAUAUAAUGAUAUAACUAUGCUUGAUUGUUGUCCGUCAGGGGAUGCUCUUGUAUACCACAAUGGAUUGAAGUUCAGUACAUCUGACAGGGAUAACGAUCUUGCUAUCACUAACUGUGCCCUUUCGCAUCGUGGAGCUUUCUGGUACAAGAAUUGUCAUCUUGCUAACCCCAACGGACAAUAUGGAAACUCUGCUCACAGUCAGGUAUUUAUAAAACUAUCUACUACAAUGUUGCACAUUGGUACAACCAACAUUGCACGUGGUUAUAAUCUACAUACCGGUAGAAUGGGGCAGUAUAAAUUAUAAUACAAUAUUGGGCUCCAGUUUCUUAUUCAUUCAUCACAUGAGAGAAAUGAGCUGGUGAGAGGACACGAUAGGAGACCAUCUUUGUAAAAUCUACAUUCAUCUUUCUUAAAAUGGAAGUUUUGAAACAUUUUCCCAGAAUUGCUAGAAAAUGUAUGGAUUGGGAAAAAACAUAGUUCCCUCCCCAACCUGUCAAUCAUUUCUGUGGCAUAGAGUUGCCAUAGACUGUACGUGCAUAUGCUGUGGUUGCUACAGUUAGUCCCUAGCCAGAAUUUUGAGAUGUUCUAUCAGUGAAACCAGUGUGUUGGUAUCAUGAGGCUUGAAUUGCCUGCUUGGGGAAGUGCCCGAAGUAGGGACGACAAAGUGACUGGGGGUGGGUAUUACAUAAUUAUAGAGCUCCGGACAUGGUGGAGUUGGACUGAAGGUAAGCAGCAGUCUAUUCUCCAAAAUCUCAGUUGAAUAUAUAAUGUAUCUCCUUGGUAAUAGAUAUAUUCAAUGCUUAUGGAGAGAUUUCAGUUGAAGAGGAGCUGUCAUGACAGGUUCACUUUACGCCCAAGGCCCACUUUACGCUCAGUACUGUCUAAACUCAGGAACAUAUAUUGAUAAGGGACAGUUGGAUUUGUGAUACACAUUUCAUCCACUUCCCUUCCCUUCCUUUAGAAACCUGAGGGGAAUUUGAUAAAAUUCCCAAAACUAAUGCUUAAUAUCAUUUCCACUAUUCGGCAUACAUAGUAAGAUUAAUGAAUGUACUGCUGAUUUGCAUUUAGUUUAAUGCUAUUAAUUAAGGUUAAUGAAGUGGCCACUCCACGACUUUGACCCAUGCUGGUCAUGCAUAUAGGGUUAUUUUAAAAUAGAAAUUGGAAGAAUAGACUAUAAAUCUUGGGUUAAAAGAUAAAAAAUUGGUUUGAAGAUUUAAAAAAAAAAAUUCUACAUAUUUUUGGAUCUCAAAUUCACACAAUUCCUGCUUUAUUGAAUAACACUAAUAUUGUUUGGUGAUCUUUUACUUCCUGUCUCUCAUUCCUUACUUGCUCUAAUAACAUGUCCGCAGGUUGCACACGGUUGCCCUGACCGGUCACUUUGCCGAAGAGAUACAGAGUAGCUUGAAAGAAAGAUGGCAUAAUUAUCCUUUCAAUGUCUCUUCUUCAUUGUAUGACUCAAAUACAUUUACAGUGGCCUUAUUAUUGUAUCUGUCUGUCGGCCUGUCUGUCUAUUUGUUUGUCCAACAUGUCAGCUGACACCACACCAUUAAUCAUUACAUAACUUAUUGAUGAAUAGGCAAUACUCAGCCAUCACUAUAGGUUUCUGAUCAUUACAGAAUGCACAUUCCACAGCAGCUGAGCUGCCAGAUGUUACCUGUUACUUAUCUUACCUGAAAAUUAUAAACUAAUCUAUCACCUAAGUCACACAAGUCUCACAAGAUUUAAAAAUGGUUUUUAAAUUGUUCGACAGUUCUGAAAAUGAAAUGCUAGAGCCAUUUAGUAAAGCAAUAGAUCAGUUGAUGUAGGUGUCUUGUAAUGGACGUCUGAUGGGGCUGAACACAGUGGGAGAGAGUGGCUGCUUUGCUUAUCUCCGGCUGCUCAAUUGAAGACUGAUGGCAAUUAAAGCAUUUACAUAAUUUCAAUACUAUUUUUGGCUCCACUCCAAAGCCAUUAACAUAAUAUACUUCAGUUAGUUACUUUAAAAGCCAUUGCAAGCUGAACCGAUGCGCUCCUUCUGUUAAAUCAAUACAUACGCAUAGACUUUUCUUGAUAACCGGAUCUGUUUAUAUGGAGAUGACAGCUACAUAGUCUCAAUUAUAUAUACAGAUAUAAAUAUACAUAUUUGCAGUUGCGUGCACAAACCUGCUCUAAGUUAGUAUUUAUCUAAAAUAACAUCUUUGUUCUCCAACCAUAUUACCUUCUAUUCUAUCUCCUUUAUUACUUUAAUUGCCUUCAUGUGCUUUUAGUUGACACUUAAAGGAGAAAUGUAAUUAGUGUUGGGCUGCAUGCUAAAAUAGGCUUAUAAUUAUAUUAUCAACCAUGCAAGAAGCCUUUUUACUUAGGUCCCCGAACAUUGUCUCGAGUGUUUUAGUUGUACUAUAGAAAUUGUUAUGUUUAUAGUGAGUCAGUGUUUUCAUUGACUGUGUAAAUAUAUAUAUAUAUAUAUAUAUAUAUAUAUAUAUAUAUAUAUAUAUUUAUUUAUUUUCUUGCUUCAUUUUCUCUUAAUGUAUAGGGUGUCAACUGGGAACCAUGGAAGGGUCAUGAAUUCUCCAUUCCCUUUCUGGAAAUGAAGAUGCGGCCCAUUGCGUCAUCCGAAGAGAAUUAG